AUGGAGAUUAAUGUGCGUAUUAUCAGAGUGUCCAUGGAUCUGGGAUCCGUAGUUGGGGGAGGGGGGCAGGUGUGUGUGUGUGUGUGUGUGUGUGUGUGUCUGCACAUGUGCAACCAUACUGUCCUUAAGCUGCAACAAUAAUUGGGCAAAAGAUCAGAAUUGAGCUGCCUGUGCAAAUGCAGUCAAACAAUAGGUGACCAGACAUUCAAAUCACCUGAUAUUAGUAGGUCUGAUAUAGACGAUACUUUAACAUUUCAGUCAUGAAAGUCCAAAACAACCACCUACAAGCACGCACACACACACGCAAACACACACAAACACACACACAUGCAAACACGCACACACACAUGUUCAUGUUUAUGUCAGAGGUGUGGACACGUUCUUCAUGUUAUGGCCUUUAUACACGUCUGACACAUGUGCUCAUGUGGAAAGGACACGCUCAAAACACACGCUACACACACACUCCACACACGCUCUGAGAGGUGAGGAAUUAAUACAUCUCAACAUACUGUAGCUGACUCCAUAUUACACAGAGAUGGACCCCCCCCCACACACACACACACACACACACACACACACACACACACACACACAACCCAUCUGUGUGUUCUGCAAAUACAUGGUUGUCAUGAUGUUCUGGCGAGAAUGUAGUCUACAGCACUUUCUAACCUCUAAUGUUGAUCUUAACAACUUACCCUAACCUUAACCUAUAACCCUUAACCCCAGGUCAACAAGAAAAAGCUCAUCUACCCUAGGAUGGCAUGUACUCUAGCCUAGAGGUUAGACUGUUGAGCCAGUAACCAAAAGGUCGCUGGUUCAAAUACCCGACAAGGUGAAAAUCUGCCGAUGUGCCCUUGAGCAAGGCACUUAACCCUUAUUUGCUCCAGGGGAGCCAUACUACUAUGGAUGACCCCAUAAAACAACAUAUUUUACUGCACCUUUUUAUUGUGACAGUAAAAAAAAAACAUCUCAACACAUCAUCAACUAUGACACAAUCCCAUACCCUAUUCUGCCUACACUAGGUUACCAUAGGUUAAAUAAAUGCCUUUUGAAUGGAAUCACUAAAGAAGUCCAUUGAGCUUUCUCCUGUCUGCCACACAAACCAAUGGGCUCUAGUGAUUGAUGAAUGAAUGGAGGGGUUUGGGUCUGUCUGUAGUGCGUGUGUGAAGGGGCUAUAGUCUUGUGUAAUGCAUCUCUUCAAUGUGUUCUCUAAAGCCUCUACUUAGACCCAGGGUGUGUGUUGGGUCUGCUCUGUCCCCUUUCUUACCUCUACAAAGUCUCUAUUCAAACCACUCAAUGGACCUCUGUAAGGCAUUAUCAGAGGAGUACAGGGUGUGUGUGUGUGUGUGUGUCUGUGUGUGUGUGUGUGUGUGUGUGUGUGUGUGCAUGAGUGCGCCCUUGUACUUGUGGAACAUGAGCAAUCAUGUACGAGACCCUCCCUUGCUCAACUGAAAGCAGAAUUGUGAAAGCCCCUAAUUCCAGAGACAGUGUGAAAUGGAGCAAACCCCUUCAGGAUGGAGCUAAUCAACCUGAUUGCCUAUUUAUUAGCUAUAUCCCCUGGCCUAUCGCUUCCUAACGCUGGCACUCUUAUACCAUUGGGUUUGUCACCAUGGCAACCCACUGCCAGAAACGGCACUUCUUAAUGGUCUCCACGGGCCCCACUGACUCUCACUGCCUAUGAUGUAGUCAUUGUGUGUGUAGAACAUCAGUCGAACACACACACAUGCAGUCGUGCACAUACGUGUGUACACAUCCACACAGACGCGCUGUGAUAUGAUCCUACUUUGCUCUCUCCUUUGACUGCCAAUGUUGCAGUAGCAGUUCUCUCUGUCUUUUGAUUGUCUGAGUUGAGAUGAUGCAACAGCAGCAAUAUAGUACCUUUUCUCUGUCUCUCUGUCUUUUGCCUGCCAGUCCAUUGUGUGUAGGGCAGAGUGUGGAGAAGCCUGUCGAGUCUAAGCUUGUAGAAUCUAGAGGAAUGCUGGAUCGUGAUGGGAGUUGAGAAAAGGAGCUGGAGAGAGAGGAGGAAUGUGUGUGUGUUUAUGUGUAAGUGUGUGUGAUUGAGUGUUGAUCCGUGUGCUUGUUGACGUGUCUGAAGCUGUGCGUUGCAGCCAGCCAGGAGGCUUUAGUGCGUCAGAUCACUGGAUUUACUGGGCUUUACUAAGCUAGGACACUGGAUCAAUACUACCACCCACAAACUGACAGCCUGGUUACACACACAGUUUUGUUCUUCUAUCCUCGUGGGGACUUAAAAUUGAUUUCCAUUCAAAAUCAAAUUUUCCCUAACCCUAAACUUAACUCGUAACCCAAACCUUAAACCUAAACCUAACCACUAACCCUGUCACGAACGUCAGGGAGAGACCAAGGCGCAGCGCUGAAUGCGAACAUUAUAUAUUUAUUUAGAAUGAUCACACGAUCAAAACAACAACGAUAACGUGACAUCUACAGUAUAACACAAAUCAGAACAAGAAACCACAAACACAAAGUGAAAGACAGACAGUUAAAUAUAGCUCCCAAUCAGAGACAACCAGCUGACACUCGUUGCCUCUGAUUGGGAGUCACUCAGGCCAACAUAGAUAGACAACGACUAGAACCUAAACAAAAUAAACACCCUGGCUCAACAUACGAGAGUCCCCAGAGCCAGGGCGUGACAGUACCCCCCCCCAAAGGCACGGACUCCGACCGCGCCAACCAACCACAACAGGGGAGGGACCGGGUGGGCACUCCGCCUCGGCGGCGGAUCCGGCUCCGGACAUGACCCAGGCACGGGUUGUGCUGGACUGACGACGCGCACCCCUGGCUUGGUGCGUGGAGGAGGAACGGGCCUUACCAGGCUGACGACGCACACCGUAGGCUUGGUGCGUGGAGCAGGGACAGGCCGGACUGGGCUGACGAAGCACACCACUGACUUGGUGCGGGGAGCAGGAACGGGCCGAGCCGGGCUGACGAAGCGCACCACUGCCUUGGUGCGGGGAGCAGGAAUGGACCGGAUCGGGCUGACGAAGCGCACCCCUGACUUGGUGCGGGGAGCAGGAAUGGGCCGGACCGGGCUGAAGAAGCGCACCCCUGACUUGGUGCGGGGAGCAGGAAUGGGCCGGACCGGGCUGACGACGCGCACCACUGACUUGGUGCGGGGAGCAGGAAUGGGCCGGACCGGGCUGACGACGCGCACCACUGACUUGGUGCGGGGAGCAGGAAUGGGCCGGACCGGGCUGACGACGCGCACCACUGACUUGGUGCGGGGAGCAGGAACGGGCCGCGCCGGGCUGACGAAACGCACCACUGACUUGGUGGGAGUGGCAGGAACAGGCCGGACCGUACUGGGAACACACACCACUGGCCCUACGUGGGGAUCAGGAACAGGCCGGACCGGACUGGCAACACACGCCAGUACCUCUCGCCGUGCCUCUACAACCUCCUUCCCCCUGGUGACCAGUGACUCCCGUAACCUGGCGGCCUCCUCUGCCAACCCGCUGGACCGCUCUAUCGCGGCCUCCUGCUGCCCCGACGUCGUGAGCCCCCCCCUAAAAAAUGUCUGGGGGUCUCUCCUCCCCGUGGGCCAGGCCUCCAUCGUUCUCGCCCAACUCUCGCUCCUCUGUCUCCAACUCCCGCCAUUCAGCUCCUCAAUGGGCUUGACCCAGUCGAAGCUCUUCCUCAACUGGUCCCAAGUCCACCCUCUCUGCUCCUCACUAGGCUUGACCCAGUCGAGGUUGCCACGGAGAUCUUCUAGCGGUGGCUCCUGGACACGCUGCUUGGUCUGGUUUUGGUGGUUUCUUCUGUCACGAACGUCAGGGAGAGACCAAGGCGCAGCGCUGAAUGCGAACAUUAUAUAUUUAUUUAGAAUGAUCACACGAUCAAAACAACAACGAUAACGUGACGUCUACAGUAUAACACAAAUCAGAAUAAGAAACCACAAACACAAAGUGAAAGACAGACAGUUAAAUAUGGCUCCCAAUCAGAGACAACCAGCUGACACUCGUUGCCUCUGAUUGGGAGUCACUCAGGCCAACAUAGAUAGACAACGACUAGAACCUAAACAAAAUAAACACCCUGGCUCAACAUACGAGAGUCCCCAGAGCCAGGGCGUGACAAACCCCUUACCUUAACCCUGAUUCUAACCCUAACCCUAAACCUAACCCCUAAGCUUAAAAUAGCCUUUGUCUUCAUGGGGAUGUGGGAAAUGUCCCCACGUGGGACAAUCUUCCUUGUUUUACUAUCCUUGUGUGGACCUUUGGGGAUUUUAGGUAGAAGAGCCAACCCACACACACACACACACACACACACACACACACACACACUGGCUACUGCCUAUUCUCUGGAGAACAGAAGUUUAUGAGUGCUUGUCCUCAUGAUGGGGUUGGAGUGCCUGUGGUCCCCUCAUCUGCUUUCACCUCCCCUCUUCCUCCGUUCAUCUUCCCCCCUCCUCUCCUGUCUUCCCACACCUCCCUGUCUGUGCUUUAUGUAUAAUUGACCUGACCUCGGACUUGGGUACAUCCAAGACCAUCUAGCCAAGACACAAAUAAAUUCAUUGUUAUUGAGCCAAUACAGCAUAUUACAAUUUCAGCAAGUUUAUACACUUCUGAAAAUGGCAUCAAAAGGCAAAGCAUUGAUGAGAAAGACCCAUUCCUUUUUAUAUGCACAAGCACUGUAUGCAUCUGUUGGUCACAGAUACCUUUUUAAAAAUGUAGGGGAGUGUAUCAGAAAACCAGUCAGCAUCUGGUGUGACCACCAUUUGACUCAUUUCGCGUAGAGUUGAUCAGGCUGUUGAUUGUGGCCUGUGCAAUGUUGUCCCACUCCUCUUCAAUGGCUGUGCGAAGUUGCUGAAUAUUGGCGUGAACUGGAACACGCUGUCGUACACGUCGAUCCAUAGCAUCCCAAACAUGCUCAAUGGGUGACAUGUCUGGUGAGUAUGCAGGCCAUGGAAGAACUGGGACAUUUUCAGCUUUCAGGAAUUGUGAAAAGAUCCUUGCGACAUGGGGCCGUGCAUUAUCAUGCUGAAACAUGAGGUGAUGGUGGCGGAUGAAUGGCAUGACAAUGGGCCUCAGGACCUCGUCACGGUAUCUCUGUGCAUUCAAAUUGCCAUCGAUAAAAUGCAAUUGUGUUUGUUGUCCAUAUCUUAUGCCUGCCCAUACCAUAACCCCCCUGCCACCAUGGGGCACUAUGUUCACAACGUUGACAGCAGUAAACAGCUCGCCCACACGACGCCAUACACGUGGUCUGCGGUUGUGCGGCCGGUUGGACGUACUGCCAAAUUCUCUAAAACAACGUUGGAGGCAGCUUAUGGUAGAUAAAUUAUUAUUAAAUUCUCUGGCAACAGCUCUGGUGGACAUUCCUGCAGUCAGCAUGCCAAUUGCACACUCCCUCAAAACUUGAGACAUCUGUGGCAUUGUGUUGUGUGACAAAACUGCACAUUUUAGAGUGGCCUUUUAUUGUCCCCAGCACAAGGUGCACCUGUGUAAUGAGCAUAUUGUUUAAUCUGCUUCUUGAUAUGCCACUCAUUGGCAAAGGAGAAAUGCUCACUUACAGGGGUGUAAACAAAUGUGUGCACCUUUUUUUUUUGAGAAAUAAGCUUUUGUGCAUAUGGAACAUUUCUGGGAUCUUUUAUUUAACCUCAUGAAACAUGGGACCAACACUUUACAUGUUGCAUCUGGAUCCAUAAUGAAAGUUCUGAUCCAUAUCUGAUCCAUAUCUGUUACAUUAAAACCUCUUUCUGAAAUGACCUAGAGCCACUCUGAGAUUCUGAAGUAAAUGCCGAAAUUAGAUUUUUUGUUUUAUCAAAAUGCCCUCUCCUGUCUCUCCGUCUGUUUUUCUCACAAACAGUCAACACGUUUGUUCUCUCUCUCUUUUAUAUCGCUCCCUCUGAUGAUUACUUGCCAGACCUGCAGUCAUGGCGUCCAGGUGGUUUUAGUUCAUUUUCACUGUCACUGACUCUACCUAGAUCUGGGCUCUCCAACCCUGUUCCUGGAAAGCUACCCUUCUGUAGGUUUUUGUUUCAACCCCAGCUAAUUAUUAGAAUCAAGUGCGCUAGAUUAGGGUUGGAGCUAAGUGUGUGUGUGUGUGUGUUUCCGUGUGUUUGUUUUUGUGUGUAUGUUUGUGUUUUAUGUGCACAUGUCUCCUGAUAAUCAAUGGUAGUCAUUCCAUCCACCAUCCAUCCACCCACACACACAGACAAACCGUACUUCAGGGAACAUCAGGGUCGUGAUCAAGCAUUCACACUGUGGGAAUCCAAUAUACAAUCAUACAUAUCCUCACCUCAUCAAACACACAUAGACAGAUGGAGGGAGGGAGGGAGGGGUCUCAACUUACUAUUGACAGUAAGAGUAGUAGAAUACACCAAAUUUGGUUGUGCAUCAGCAAUUUUUCUCUUAUGUCAAUCACUGACAGUCACUCAAUUAGCCAUGUCAGCUAACACUGUUUAGAUUGGUAGUUAGUCUAGCCAGCGAUCUACACUAGAAUACCGACCGGGAACGCAGGGCAUGUGCCAAGGGGUCCUGACCUCCAGGGGGUCCCCAUUGAUGUUGUUAGUCAUUCUCACUCAGAUAUCAUAUUAACAUGGCAUAAGUCAUUACAACAUUUGUAGAAUUGCAUGAAAUUUGGUAUAGAAUUGCAACGUUUUCUCUCCGCCCCAUGGCAACAUUUGUAGAAUUGCAGAAACCUUGCUUUAAAGGUCCAAUGCAGCCAUUUUUAUCUCAAUAUCAAAUCAUUUAUGGGUAACAAUGAAGUACCUUACUGUGAUUGUUUUAAGUUAAAAUGGUCAAAAAUAUAUAUAUUUGCUUCUUAGCAAGAACAAUUUCUCAAGCAAUAAUUUUGCUAGGACUGUCUGGGAGUGGUCUUAGUGGGGAGGGGAAAAUUGAUAAUUAGCUGUUAUUGGCAGCGAGGUUUGGAACUCUGUCAUUUGUCUAUUAACUAAUUUAGGCAAUCAGGUGAUUUUCACUAGUGAUGUCACCAGGCAGGCCAAAAAUCCAUCCCACCAACACAGGUUGAAAUUUCAGGCAGUUUUGUCAAACAGCUCUUACACUAAAAGGGCAUUAUCAUCAUGUUCACAAUUUCACAGUAUUAUUCCAACCUCGUAGUGUGGAAAUAUACACUGAGUGUACAAAACAUUAGGAGCACCUGCUCUAAUGUUAAAGGUUAAAGAAGAAUUUGUAAGCCUUGAUACAGUUGAGAAAUGGAUUGUGUACAGUUGAAGUCGGAAGUUUACAUACACUUAGGUUGGCGUCAUUAAAACUAGUUUUUCAACCACUCCACAAAUGUCUUGUUAACAAACUAUAGUUUUGGUAAGUCGGUUAGGACAUCUACUUUGUGCAUGACACAAGUAAUUUUUACAACAAUUGUUUACAGACAGAUUAUUUAACUUAUAAUUCACUGUAUCACAAUUCCAGUGGGUCAGAAGUUUACAUACACUAAGUUGACUGUGCCUUUAAACAGCUUGGAAAAUUCCAGAAAAUGAUGUCAUGGCUUUAGAAGCUUCUGAUAGGCUAAUUGACAUCAUUUGAGUCAAUUGGAGGUGUACCUGUGGAUGUAUUUCAAGGCCUACCUUCAAACUCAGUGCCUCUUUGCUUGACAUCAUGGGAAAAUCAAAAGAAAUCAUCCAAGACCUCCGAAAAAAUGUGUUCUGUCUCCUAGAGAUUUACGUACUUUGGUGCGAAAAGUGCAAAUCAAUCCCAGAACAACAGCAAUGUACCUUGUGAUGAUGCUGGAGGAAACAGGUACAAAAGUAUCUAUAUCCACAUUAAAACGAGUCCUAUAUCGGCAUAACCUGAAAGGAAGAAGGAAGAAGCCACUGCCCCAAAACCGCCAUAAAAAAAGCCAGACAAUGGUUUGCAACUGCACAUUUUGGAGAAAUAGAACUGUUAGUCCAUAAUGACCAUCGUUAUGUUUGGAGGAAAAAGGGGGUGCUUGAAAGCCGAAGAACACCAUCCCAACCGUGAAGCACGGGGGUGGCAGCAUCAUGCUGUGGGGGUGCUUUGCUGCAGGAGGGACUAGUGCACUUCACAAAAUAGAUGGCAUCAUGAGGAAGGAAAAUUAUGUGAUAUAUUGAAGCAACAUCUCAAGACAUCAGUCAGGAAGUUAAAGCUUGGUCGCAAAUCUGUCUUCCAAAUGGACAAUGACCCCAAGCAUGCUUCCAAAGUUGUGGCAAAAUGGCUUCAGGACAACAAAGUCAAGGUAUUGGAGUGGCCAUCACAAAGCCCUGACCUCAAUCCUAUAGAAAAGUUGUGGGCAGAACUGAAAAGGCGUGUGCGAGCAAGGAGGCCUACAAACCUGACUCAGUUACACCAGCUCUGUCAGGAGGAAUGGGCCAAAAUUCACCCAACUUAUAAUAAUAAUAAUAUAAUAAUAAUAAUAAUAAUAUGCCAUUUAGCAGACGCUUUUAUCCAAAGCGACUUACAGUCAUGCGUGCAUACAUUUUUUUGUGUAUGGGUGGUCCCGGGGAUCGAACCCACUACCUUGGCGUUACAAGCGCCGUGCUCUACCAGCUGAGCUACAGAGGACCACAAUUAGUGGGAAGCUUGUGGAAGGCUACCCGAAACCUUUGACCCAAGUUAAACAAUUUAAAGGCAAUGCUACCAAAUACUAAUUGAGUGUAUGUAAACUUCUGACCCACUGGGAAUGGGAUGAAAGAAAUAAAAGCUGAAAUAAAUCAUUCUCUCUACUAUUAUUCUGACAUUUCACAUUCUUAAAAUAAAGUGGUGAUCCUAACUGACCUAAGACGGGGAAUUUUUACUAGGAUUAAAUGUCAGGAAUUGUGAAAAACUGAGUUUAAAUGUAUUUGGCUAAGGUGUAUGUAAACUUCCGACUUUAACAGUAUGUGUGCAAUUCAGAGGGUGAAUGGGCAAGAAAAAAGAUAUAAGUGCCUUUGAACGGGGUAUGGUAGUAGGUGCCAGGUGCACCGGUUUGUGUCAAGAACUGCAGCACUGCUGGGUUUUUCACGCUCAACCGUUUCCCGAGUGUAUCAAGAAUGGUCCACCACCCAAAGGACAUCCAGCCAACUUGACACAACUGCGGGAAGCAUUGGCGUCAACAUGGGCUAGCAUCCCUGUGGAACGCUUUUGACACCUUGUAGAGUCCAUGCCCCGAUGAAUUGAGGCUGUUCUGAGGGAAACUCCAUAUUAGGAAGGUGUUCCUAAUGUUUUGUACACUUAGUGUAUAUAAAACUCAGAAAAAUCUCAUUUUUGACUGCACUGGGCCUUUAAAACUGCAACAUUUUCUCUACACCCCAUGGUAAAAUGUGUAGAAUUCCAGGAAAUUAACUUUAAAACUUAAAUUUUUCUUUACAACGUCAAGAAGGGGCAGCUUCGUGGUGUAUUCCUAUCAAAUUAAAUAAAACUGAACAGAACAGUCUCAACAGCCAAUUAUUGCAGGAUAUUCCCUGCCUGAAAAAGUAAGGAUAUAGAGUAAAGAGUGGACUGAAGAAAUGGGAUGGAGAGGGAAAGAAACAGCAAGGGAGAGAUGGAAGGUGGACUGGAAUGGAUAACGAAAAAGAGUGGGUUAAAAAAAGAGAGACAAUAAAGAAAUAAUCAAUAAAAAAAUAAGAAAUUAAGAGAGUGUGAUUUUACAUUUUUUUAUACAUAUAUUCCAAAUUUGUCUUUCUUCAAGGGCUGGAUUUUCACCCACAGCGGCCAAUCCACUAUUCAUUCUGAUCUUAACUCCAACCCUCCGAUGUCCACAGAUAAACCCAUCUUUCCCAGUACAAUACCUUUUGCAAUACAUCCCUCCAUUUUACUGUGAUGUGUUACGAGGGUCUUGAACCUGCCUAUUUGUAACUUUUCUACCGAUAUUGCCAUAAAAAUAAAUACUUUACCCAAGAGCAUAAUGAUAUUUCCCGUUGACUGAUCAUGGUUUUUCAGAUCCCCUGUUUGCAGGUCCAUCUGAACCAUAUUAUGACAUAAUAACCAUUCCUGGACCUGACUCCAAAAGCGAGCCACUGAUGAACAGUACCAGAAGAGAUGUCCUAUUGAUUCUGUUUCCGCAUUGCAGAGUCUGCACAAGGCUGACCGUUCAAUGCCGCAUAUAUUAUGCAUUUGUUUUGUAGCAAAUAUUUUAUAUAAUAGUUUAAAUUGAAACAAACUGAUGUGUCAAUUGUUGUUUUAUAUAUCAAUUCAUAGACCCAAUGCCAAGGUAUUGGGACUUUAAAGAUCUGUUCCCAAUUGACUUGAAUUUGAUUUGUAGCAUUGCAGCAUUGCUGUCAAACAUUUUGACUAAUAAUUUUAAGCCAUUUGUGGUUUUUAAUGGGUGGCAGACUGACUAAUUGUUCUAGCUACCAAGUUUUUUAUCAGGGACCAAAUUGCCGCCUAUCCCCUAUAUAGUGCACUACUUUUGACCAGAUCUGGUCAAGAGUAGUGCACUAUGUAGGGCAGUGUUUCCCAACGCCAGUCCUCAAGUACCCCAAAAAUGCACAAUUGUUUGGGUAGCCCUGGACAAACUCACUUACAGUGAGGGAAAAAAGUAUUUGAUCCCCUGCUGAUUUUGUAUGUUUGCCCACUGACAAAGAAAUUAUCAGUCUAUAAUUUUAAUAGUAGGUUUAUUUGAACAGUGAGAGACGGAAUAACAACAAAAAAAUCCAGAAAAACGCAUGUCAAAAUGUUUAUACAUUGAUUUACAUUUUAAUGAGGGAAAUAAGUAUUUGACCCCCUCUCAAUCAGAAAGAUUUCUGGCUCCCAGGUGUCAUUUAUACAGGUAACGAGCUGAGAUUAGGAGCACACUCUUAAAGGGAGUGCUCCUAAACUCAGUUUGUUACCUGUAAAAAGACACCUGUCCACAGAAGCAAUCAAUCAAUCAGAUUCCAAACUCUCCACCAUGGCCAAGGCCAAAGAGCUCUCCAAGGAUGUCAGGGACAAGAUUGUAGACCUACACAAGGCUGGAAUGGGCUACAAGACCAUCGCCAAGCAGCUUGGUGAGAAGGUGACAACAGUUGGUGCGAUUAUUCGCAAAUGGAAGAAACACAAAAUAACUGUCAAUCUCCCUCGGCCUGGGGCUCCAUGCAAGUUCUCACCUCGUGGAGUUGCAAUGAUCAUGAGAACGGUGAGGAAUCAGCCCAGAACUACACGGGAGGAUCUUGUCAAUGAUCUCAAGGCAGCUGGGACCAUAGUCACCAAGAAAACAAUUGGUAACACACUACGCCAUGAAGGACUGAAAUCCUGCAGCGCCCGCAAGGUCCCCCUGCUCAAGAAAGCACAUAUACAGGCCCGUCUGAAGUUUGCCAAUGAACAUCUGAAUGAUUCAGAGGAGAACUGGGUGAAAGUGUUGUGGUCAGAUGAGACCAAAAUGGAGCUCUUUGGGAUCAACUCAACUCGCCGUGUUUGGAGGAGGAGGAAUGCUACCUAUGACCCCAAGAACACCAUCCCCACCGUCAAACAUGGAGGUGGAAACAUUGUGCUUUGGGGGUGUUUUUCUGCUAAGGGGACAGGACAACUUCACCGCAUCAAAGGGACGAUGGACGGGGCCAUUUACUGUCAAAUCUUGGGUGAGAACCUCCUUCCCUCAGCCAGGGCAUUGAAAAUGGGUCGUGGAUGGGUGUUCCAGCAUGACAAUGACCCAAAACACACGGCCAAGGCAACAAAGGGGUGGCUCAAGAAGAAGCACAUUAAGGUCCUGGAGUGGCCUAGCCAGUCUCCAGACCUUAAUCCCAUAGAAAAUCUGUGGAGGGAGCUGAAUGUUCGAGUUGCCAAACGUCAGCCUCGAAACCUUAAUGACUUGGAGAAGAUCUGCAAAGAGGAGUCGGACAAAAUCCCUCCUGAGAUGUGUGCAAACCUGGUGGCCAACUACAAGAAACGUCUGACCUCUGUGAUUGCCAACAAGGGUUUUGCCACCAAGUACUAAGUCAUGUUUUGCAGAGGGGUCAAAUACUUAUUUCCCUCAUUAAAAUGCAAAUCAAUUUAUAACAUUUUUGACAUGCGUUUUUCUGGAUUUUUUUGUUGUUAUUCUGUCUCUCACUGUUCAAAUAAACCUACCAUUAAAAUUAUAGACUGAUCAUGUCUGUCAGUGGGCAAAUGUACAAAAUCAGCAGGGGAUCAAAUACUUUUUUCCCUCACUGUAAUUAAACUAAAUGAGGGCUUGAUGAUUAGUUGACCAGUUGAAUCAGGUGUGCUUGUCCAGGGCUACAGUUAAAAUGUGUACGGUUGGGGGUACUGGUGGACUGGAGAUGGAUAACACUGCUAUAGGGUAUAGGGUGCCAUUUGGGACGCAUAUUGAGUCAAGCUACUUUUAUAUUUGCCCUUGUGUUGUAGGAGGAACAAGAAGCACCCAAACAAUUAAAAUGAUAAAAAGCUUGUAUUCCUCUCAAGGACACAAAAGGAUUACAUAAAUGCAUAUUGACAUUAUCAAACAGAGAGAAAAUACAUGUUCUUAUAUUAAUCAUUAUCAAACUGGAGGAGACUUUAGCUUGACUUAAGCUCUGAAUGUUAUUUGAAGAGAAAAGCCUUAUUCUCUUAAGUAUUAGUAAUUAUUUUUUAAGGAUGAGUUAUUAUUUAUUAAAUAUUAGUAAUUAUUUAUUAAGGAUUAGUAAUAAUGUAUUAAGUAUUCAUAAUUAUUUAUUAAGUAUUAGUAAUUAUUUAUUAAGGAUUAGUUAUUAUUUAUUAAGUAUUAGUUAUUAUUUAUUAAGUAUUAGUCAUUAUUUAUUAAGUAUUAGUUAUUAUUUAUUAAGUAUUAGUAAUACUUUAUUAAGGAUUCAUAAUUAUUUAUUAAGGAUUAUUUAUUAUUUAUAAAGUAUUAGAUAUUAUUAAGUAUUAGUAAUUAGUUAUUAAGUAUUAGUUAUUAUUUAUUAAUUGUUAUUUAUUAAGUAUUAGUAAUCUAAUGAGAAGAUUAGGCCUCUAGUCAUGAAUGAGCUGUGAUGUUCUGGAGUGAUGUGUGAAAGGCAUUAUGUUGUGUCCCAAAUGGCACUGUAUUCCCUAUACUGGGCACUACUUUUGACCAGGGCCCAUAGUGCACUAUAAAGGGAAUAGGGUGCCAUUUGGGAUGCAAUCAUUAUGCGGGAGUAUAAGUGCCUCGUUGUGAAGUGUUGCAUAAGUUGAGUUAAACAAGUGAUGGGCUAAAGACUUUCUUCUGGUCACGAUCUGUGUGAUGUGAGGCCGGUCUUGCGUGCCAAGCGGUCAGAUCAACUCUCUCUCGUGUGUGUGUGUUUGUGUGUGGGUGGGUGGGUGUGUUUGUGUGAAAAUGGGAUGUUGAGGUGUGUGUGCAUGUCAUUGGAGGAAUGUGCACAUUAGAGUGUAAUUGGCAGAAGUGUGAAGUGAGGCUAGUGUAUGAGGAGGUGUGCGUGUGUCUGUGUGUGUGUGUCUGCCUAGUGCCUACAUGUGUGUGUGUGUGUCUGUCUGCGUGCCUGUGUGUGUGUGUUUGAGGGGUCAGUUUUAGAGGAUUAAGUACCCUAACCUUCUUCUCUGGGGGACCUUGGUGACCUCUAGUCUGAGUGACGGCCCUGGGAUCAACCCGCCAUGACCUUUGACCUCUAAAUUAAUCUAAACCCCUCAGAGGAUCAAAGCCGCUCACGCGCUUCAGCCCUUCUCCCUAAAACUUUGUCCAUCCCUCUUUUUCUCAUGUUACCUCAUAGGUGUCAGGAAAUACGUGUGUGUGUGUGUGUGUGUGUGUGUGUGUGUGUGUGUGUGUGUAUGUGUGUGUAAACAGUAUGACAGUGUCAUAGGUGUCAGGGAAUGUGUGUGUGUAUAUGUUUGUGUGUGUGAUGCAUGUGUUUGGUGUCACAGCUCAGGAGUUUCCCUAGAGGAGUGAGAUGUUAGAGGUCAGAGCAGGGGACAUCGGUCUGAAAUGGCCGACAACCCUCUCCUAACUCUGUCUAGUUUCUGCUUUUCAAAUAGUUAAGAUCUGAGGUGAAUGUAUUAGAGAGCUACACUAUACUACUGUAUUUCUAUACUCUUUUUUUUGAAUAAUGUGGAUAGAAGCUGCCAGCUGCCAGAAGCCAUUUGCCAGUAUUGAAUAAAACAAAUAUGAGAUGUUAUUAUGAAUUUUUUCAGCUUCUCUCUCAGGCUCUUUCUCUUAGCAGUGAUCUAUUAGUGGCAGUCAAAGUUGUUUACUUGGAGCUGAACGCAGAUCACCACCAUUAGCGACUUUUUUAAAGACAGACUCGAAACAAGAAUGGAGGCUAUUCAUAUCUCCCAGAGUCUCUCACGGUGACUGUAGCCCAAAAUACAUCUCAAAGACACCGGGUGAAGGCAGCUCUUUAGAGGAGUAUAGUGACUAUGUCAACUGUCAUUUUCUUGUGCUCUUUUGUUCAAAAUGAGACCAGAAUGUUCUCAUUUUCUUCAAGCAGUGUUCCCAUACUUGCUGACAUCCAUCUCUUUCUCUCUCGCUCUCUCUCGUUCUCGCUUACCCAUUUUCUCUGUAUCUCUCAAUUUUUCUCUCUCUUAAAAUGUAUUCCAGAGAUGCAUGUAUCUUGCAUCUUUGCUCAAAUGCAUGUAAUGCCUGUCAAUUCCAGAAAUGCAUGGCUAUGACAUCUAGUCUACAGAGUGAACAAAGUGGUUCCUAAUUUGGCAUAUGACAUUAUUAUUAUUAUUAUUAUUUUUAUUUAUUUUUACUUUUAUUUCUACAGGGUAGGUCACCAUUGAGACCAGGGUCUCAUUUGCUAGGGAGCCCUCUGAACAUGAACAUACAAUAAAUAAUAUCAAUACAAUAAAUAAAACAAGAUUAAUCAAAACGAACACAACUCUCACAUACAGUGGGGAAAAAAAGUAUUUAGUCAGCCACCAAUUGUGCAAGUUCUCCCACUUAAAAAGAUGAGAGAGGCCUGUAAUUUUCAUCAUACGUACACAACAACUAUGACAGACAAAUUAAGGAAAAUAAAUCCAGAAAAUCACAUUGUAGGAUUUUUAAUGAAUUUAUUUGCAAAUUAUGGUGGAAAAUUAGUAUUUGGUCACCUACAAACAAGCAAGAUUUCUGGCUCUCACAGACCUGUAACUUCUUCUUUAAGAGGCUCCUCUGUCCUCCACUCGUUACCUGUAUUAAUGGCACCUGUUUGAACUUGUUAUCAUUAUAAAAGACACCUGUCCACAACCUCAAACAGUCACACUCCAAACCCCACUAUGGCCAAGACCAAAGAGCUGUCAAAGGACACCAGAAACAAAAUUGUAGACUUGCACCAGGCUGGGAAGACUGAAUCUGCAAUAGGUAAGCAGCUUGGUUUGAAGAAAUCAACUGUGGGAGCAAUUAUUAGGAAAUGGAAGACAUACAAGACCACUGAUAAUCUCCCUCGAUCUGGAGCUCCACGCAAGAUAUCACCCCGUGGGGUCAAAAUGAUCACAAGAACGGUGAGCAAAAAUCCCAGAACCACACGGGGGGACCUAGUGAAUGACCUGCAGAGAGCUGGGACCAAAGUAACAAAGCCUACCAUCAGUAACACACUACGCUGCCAGGGACUCAAAUCCUGCAGUGCCAGACGUGUCCCCCUGCUUAAGCCAGUACAUGUCCAGGCCCGUCUGAAGUUUGCUAGAGUGCAUUUGGAUGAUCCAGAAGAGGAUUGGGAGAAUGUCAUAUGGUCAGAUGAAACCAAAAUAUAACUUUUUGGUAAAAACUAAACUCGUCGUGUUUGGAGGACAAAGAAUGCUGAGUUGCAUCCAAAGAACACCAUACCUACUGUGAAGCAUGGGGGUGUAAACAUCAUGCUUUGGGGCUGUUUUUCUGCAAAGGGACCAGGACGACUGAUCCGUGUAAAGGAAAGAAUAAAUGGGGCCAUGUAUCAUGAGAGUUUGAGUGAAAACCUCCUUCCAUCAGCAAGGGCAUUGAAGGUGAAACGUGGCUGGGUCUUUCAGCAUGACAAUGAUCCCAAACACACCGCCCGGGCAACGAAGGAGUGGCUUCGUAAGAAGCAUUUCAAGGUCCUGGAGUGGCCUAGCCAGUCUCCAGAUCUCAACCCCAUAGAAAAUCUUUGGAGGGAGUUGAAAGUCUGUGUUGCCCAGCGACAGCCCCAAAACAUCACUGCUCUAGAGGAGAUCUGCAUGGAGGAAUGGGCCAAAAUACCAGCAACAGUGUGUGAAAACCUUGUGAAGACUUACAGAAAACGUUUGACCUGUGUCAUUGCCAACAAAGGGUAUAUAACAAAGUAUUGAGAAACUUUUGUUAUUGACCAAAUACUUAUUUUCCACCAUAAUUUGCAAAUAAAUUCAUUAAAAAUCCUACAAUGUGAUUUUCUGGAAUUUUUUUCUCAUUUUGUCUGUCAUAGUUGACGUGUACCUAUGAUGAAAAUUACAGGCCUCUCACAUCUUUUUAAGUGGGAGAACUUGCACAAUUGGUGGCUGACUAAAUACUUUUUUUCCCCACUGUAUCACCUCCCUCAAACUCGAUCCACAUAGUUUGGCCCUUCAGAGGAUUCUUAAAUGUCCUGAAAAGUCAUUCUGAUUCCCAUGUAAAAUAGCCUUUUGAGUGACUAAAAUAUCACCCAUAAUAUUUGUUGGGGAUAGAAAUGCUUAAAAUUUGGGAAUCAGAUAUUUGAAAAGACAGGCUGAGUGGGUGGGGAGUUUCUAUUCUUGAGCUCACCUUGACUGACAGCUCUUUGAAAUGCCUAUGUCAAGAAACUUGGAUGCAGUGUUGCAGUAAAAUCAUCUCGAGCAAAUUUGGUGAUACACAAAUCAGCUCAAACAACAUGGAAAUUGCAUCAAUGAUGUCAUUGUGUUUUAUACAUCUCCUGUUUGGCAUGUCUCUUGUGAUGCAGUUCACAGCAGCACUGACGGAUGUGUUGACAUGACAACUGCGUCAGAGUUUUGAACGACCCUUCUCCCCCUUUUGCUGGCUGAAGAUCUAGCUUGCCAGUAACUAGCUAACACCAGACACAGAUGGAAGGGGAAACAUAUAAGUAUCUUUGGCAUAGAUUAAUAGUGUAAACUUUUAAUUAUAUUUGCAGACACCCUGCAGUCAAAUUUUGGCACCAGUAGAGUAGCUAUCUAGCUAUAUAAACCACGCCCCUCUGCAAACACGCCUUCUCCGAUGUUGGUUACGAGGCGGUACUUAUUUAAAUUAGGUAAGAUAAUAUAAUGUUAAGAUUGGUGUAUUAAAAUGAGAGUUAGGGUGAUGUCACCAUAUCCCCUUAAUAAUCCAGCCUCCUGAAUCCAAGUGUUUGACAUGGGGGAGGGGACCAGAAACUUUAUGAUCAAACUGUAUCAAUGUAGAAGCAACAGUAAUUUUUCUUACUUUGAUCAUCAUACUUUGAUCUGGUUUCAUCCAAAUAUCAUCAAAUGUCAUGAAAAACAUGAUUUUGACUGUUUAUGACCUUUAAAUUACUCUUUACGUAUUGAUCAAUGGAGAUAAUUGUUUUGGUCACCAAGCCAAUACUUUGGCAGUGAUAUAUAUAUACUGAACAAAAGUAUAAACAUAACAUGCAACAACUUCAACGAUUUUACUGAGUUACAGUUCAUAUAAGUAAAUAAAAAAAAGGGCUUUAUAACAGACAGAAAUACUGCUCAGUUUCAUCAGAUGUCCGGGUGGCUGGUCUCAGACGAUCCCGCAGGUGAAGAAGCCGGAUGUGGAGGUCCUGGGCUGGUGUGGUUACACGUGGUCUGCGGUUGUCAGGCCGGUUGGACAUACUGACAAAUUAUCUAAAACGACGUUGGAGGUGGCUUAUGUUAGAGAAAUGAACAUGCAAUACUCUGGAAAAAGCUCUGGUGGCAUUCCUGCAGUCAGCAUGCCAACUGCACGCGCCCUCAAAACUUGAGAAAUCUGUGGCAUUGUGUUGUGUGACAAAGCUGCACAUUUUAUUGUCCCCAGCACAAGGUGCACCUGUGUAAUGAUCAUGCUAUUUAAUCAGCUUCUUGAUAUGCCACACCUGUUAGGUGGAUGGAUUAUGUUGUCAAAUGAGAAAUGCUCACUAACAGGGAUGUAAACAAAUUUGUGGCCAAAUUUGUGGAUGUAAAGCUAUUUGUGUGUAUGGAACAUUUCUGGGAUUUUUUAUUUCAGCUCAUGAAACAUGGGACCAACACUUUACUCCAGCUAAUAUUAAAGUGCAGGAACCUCUGCUUACCUUCAGCUAUUCAAUCUCUGUCUGAUGCUCUCUCUGAGGAACAUACUGUACAACCACAUUAAUGGCCACUUCCAGUAUUCAUUCUUAAAAGAAGGACAGUCUGUUCUUAUGAGAUAAUUGGCAUCCUCAUUAAAAAUGAACAUCAAUCGCCUUGCUAUUUAAAACCUCUAUCUCAGUGAUACUCAGACACACACACACACACACACACACACACACACACACACACACACACAGACAUCCUGUACAGUCACUUCCUUCCCAUUCUACCUUUCCACCCCACUGCCCCCCCUCUCUCUCUCUCUCUCUUCAUCUCUCCCCGCCUGUUGCCUUUCAACAGGAACCAUGGAAACAGUAGAAUCCGGAGGCGCUGUGGAACCAUCAAACAGCCAAUGUUCAAUGUUGCGUGUGUGUGUGGCACUACAUGUCAUCUUAUUCACCUACAUGGACUCACAUCACAAGUGUUUGUAGUUAUGAAAUUUCAACAAUAAUCACAACAAAAAUCAUGCAACUAUUUGUUUAUGGGCAAUUCCAUAUCAUCAGUUACAAUGAACUACACCUAAACUAUGUUGGUCCUCUGUAGCUCAGCUGGUAGAGCACGGUGCUUGUAACGCCAAGGUAGUGGGUUCGAUCCCCGGGACCACCCAUACACAAAAAUAAAUGUAUGCACGCAUGAAUGUAAGUCGCUUUGGAUAAAAGCGUCUGCUAAAUGGCAUUAUAUUAUUAUAAAACUGUGGAAGCAACAGACACUUUACACAGAAUGUUUAUUCAUACAUUAGGGACAAAUGUUGACCUUCCCUGCUGAAAGAACUGCAUAGACCAGCAUAAAUGUCAUGCUGGUCAGUGCUGGUCAAGGUGGUCUGACCAGCAUGGUCAAGCUGGUCUGACCAGCAUGGGCUAGAUGGUUCUGCUGUAAGACCAGUCUUCAUUGUGUUUUCGCUGCUGACCAGCCUUAAUUGUGUUUUCGCUGCUGACCAGCCUUCGUUGUGUUUUCGCUGCUGACCAGCCUUCAUUGUAUUUUUGCUGCUGACCAGCCUUCGUUGUGUUUUUGCUGCUGACCAGCCUUCGUUGUGUUUUCACUGGUGACCAGCCUUCGCUGUCUUUUGUACACUGGUGACCAGCAUAAGCUAAAGCAAAACCAAGAGUUACAUUAAGCUGGCUUGCAAAGUUAAAUGUAAUAUCUAUUCUAUCAAGAUCUGCACUGUUAAGAGGUUAUUGUGCAUUUUCCAGUAACUUAACACUCGGAGCGGCAGAAUUCCACAACUACUAGAAUGGCCAUGACGGUUGAUAUUUCAAUUGUAUAAAUAUUCCAUAAUAAAUAAUACAUUGCUAAAUUAAUGCAUGUAUUAUGUUAAAAUAGGUCAUAAGAAACCUCAGGACACCAAAUGUAAAUUGUAAUCAGUCAGAAAAUUUAUUGAUUCAUCCAGAAGCGCAUAGACUGUAAAUACUAAAAUAAGAUGAUCGUGUAUUUUCUGACUGUAAGACAACAGUUGUCUGCCCAGCUGGGUCGUCAAAACUACACCUAAACUAUGUUGAAGCUAAUUUCACACAUAUAAUAAUAAUAAUAAUAAUAAUAAUAAUAGAUGUGGCCUAUAGACAAGAUUAUAUUUACAAUAGUCUGAUGGGUGAAUAUAUUAUCAAUUGUCAAAAAGAGAAUGAAGAGACUGAUGACCUGCGCAGUGUGCAUUGACAGCAUACAUUGACAAAGAAGGGCAGGAGCUUAACAAAUAGCACUUCUUCCAUAUCAUCCUACAGAGUACCCUAUCAGAAGGAGCAGAUUCCAAGGUUUCUAAUUAACCUAUUUCUGCCUAAAGAAAACAACAAAUUGCUCGUAUGGUCUCUGUUUCAAAAUAUAACUUUUUCCUAGAAUAACCGUGGCUCCAUGCAUUCCCCAUGUGAGUAGUCUAUUGGUGACAAUCAGCAAAAGCCAAUUGGGAAAAAUAUAUUUUAUAUUUUCUUCUGUUAUAUUCCGUUAUAUACUUAGUGUAAAAUAUAUGUGUGUUGACUGUGAUAGUGCAGGGCCUGUGAUGUCAAGUUGAUUUCAUUGGCAUGGUGCAGCCAUAGCCUUGGCUACUAAGCACAGAUAAAUACAACUCAAAACAUGCUAUUAUGAUCUUUUGAAAUAAAUUGCCUUGUAUCAUGUUUCUUAUGACCUUCCGAAACGAAAUAUGAUUGAAUUAUUUGUGAUUGUUUAUAUUAACACUAGAAAGGCAGAGAGUAUCAUAAUGACUCAAAACAAAUGUAAAUGUUUAAUUACAUUUUUAAAGUCAUGUCCCCCUUGUCCUUGACUUUUCCUAAAUAAGUCUACAGUGCCUUCAGAAAGUAUUCAUACCCCUUGACUUUUUCCACAUUUUGUUGUGUUACAGCCUAAAUUUAAAAUGGAUUAAGUUUAGAUUUUUUUGUCACAUGCCUACACACAAUACCCCAUAAUGUCAAAGUGGAAUUAUGUUUUUCUACAUUUAAACAAAUUAAUUAAAAAUGAAGUGCUGAAAUGUCUUCAGUCAAUAAGUAUUCAACCCCUUUGUUGUGGCAAGCCUAAAUAAGUUCAGGAGUAAAGAUUUGCUUAACAAGUCACAUAAUAAGUUGCAUGGACAUGAUUUUUGAUUGACUACCUCAUCUCUGUACCCCACACCUACAAUUAUCUGUAAGGUCCCUCAGUCGAGCAGUGAAUUUCAAACACAGAUUAAACCACAAAGACCAGGGAGGUUUUCCAAUGCCUCUUAAAGAAGGGCACCUAUUGGUAGAUGGGUAAAAAAUUUAAAAGCAGACAUUGAAUAUCCCUUUGAGCAUGGUGAAGUUUUUAAUUACACUUUGGAUGGUGUAUCAAUACACCCAGCCACUACAAAGAUACAGGGUCCUUCCUAACUCAGUUGCCGGAGAGGAAGGAAACCGCUCAGGGAUUUCACCAUGAGGCCAAUGGUGACUUUAAAACAGUUACAGAGAUUAAUGGCUGUGAUAGGAGAGAAAUUAGGAUGGAUCAACAAAAGUUACUACACAAUACUAACCUAAUUGACAGAGUGAAAAGAAGGAAGCCUGUACAGAAUAAAAAUAUUUCAGAACAUGCAUCCUGUUUGCAACUAGACACUAAAGGAAUUGCUCCAGACACCCGACAGGGCCCUCAUCCCCGUAAUUCGUAGUAGAAAGAAAAGGAGAUAUUGCAGAAGGAGAUCGGGGUGCUUGGUAAGGAGCCGGCGACGAGUGACUAAUCUGCCUUUGCCAUCUAUACUAUUGGCCAACUUACAAUCGCUUGAUAAUAAACUGGACGAACUACAAGCACGUAUAUUCUACCAACGGGACAUUAAAAACUGUAAUAUCUUAAGUUUCACAGAGUCGUGGCUGAACGAAGACAUGAAUAACAUACAGCUGGCGGGUUAUACACUGUAUCGGCAGGAUAGAACAGCAGCCUUUGGUAAGAAAAGGGGUGGCGGUCUAUGUACAUUUGUAAACAACAGCUGGUGCACGAUAUCUAAGGAAGUCUCGAGGUUUUGCUCGCCUGAGGGUAUCUCAUGAUAAGCUGUAGACCACACUAUCUACCAAGAGAGUUUUCAUCUAUAUUCUUCGUAUAUGUCUAUUUACCACCACAAACCGAUGCUGGCACUAAGACCGCACUCAAUGAACUGUAUACGGUCAUAAGCAAACAGGAAAACGCUCAUCCAGAGGCGGCACUCCUAGUGGCCGGGGACUUUAAUGCAGGGAAACUUAAAUCCGUUUUACCUAAUUUCUACCAGCAUGUUAAAUGUGCAACCAGAGGGGAAAAAACUAGACCACCUUUACUCCACACACAGAGACGCAUACAAAGCUCUCCCUCGCCCUCCAUUUGGCAAAUCUGACCAUAAUUCUAUCCUCCUGAUUCCUGCUUACAAGCAAAAACUAAAGCAGGAGGCACCAGUGAAUUGGUCAAUAAAAAAUUAAGAUAAAGCAGAUGCUAAGCUACAGGACUGUUUUGCUAUCACAGACUGGAAUAUGUUCCGAGAUUCUUCCGAUGGCAUUGAGGAGUACACCACAUCAGUCACUGGCUUCAUCAAUAAGUGCAUCGAUGAAGUCGUCCCCACAGUGACUGUACAUACAUACCCCAACCAGAAGCCAUGGAUUACAGGCAACAUCCUCACUGAGCUAAAGGGUAGAGCUGCCGCUUUCAAGGAGCGGGACUCUAACCCGGAAGCUUAUAAGAAAUCCCGCUAUGCCCUCUGACGAACCAUCAAACAGGCAAAGCGUCAAUACAGGACUAAGAUCGAAUUGUACUACACCGGCUCCGAUGCUCGUCGGAUGAUGCAGGGCUUGCAAACUAUUACAGACUACAAAGGGAAGCACAGCCGCGAGCUGCCCAGUGACACGAGCCUACCAGAAGAGCUAAAUUACUUCUAUGUUCGCUUCGAGGCAAGUAACACUGAAACAUGCAUGAGAGCAUCAGCUGUUUCGGACAACUGUGUGAUCACGCUCUCCGUAGCCGAUGUGAGUAAGAAAUUUAAACAGGUCAACAUGCACAAGGCCGCAGGGCCAGACGGAUUACCAGGACGUGUACUCAGAGCAUGCGCUGACCAACUGGCAAGUGUCUUCACUGACAUUUUCAACCUCUCCCUGUCUGAGUCUGUAAUACCAACAUGUUUCAAGCAGACCACCAUAGUCCCUGUGCCCUAGAACACUAAGGUAACCUGCGUAAAUGACUACCGACCCGUAGCACUCACAUCUGUAGCCAUGAAGUGCUUUGAAAGGCUGGUCAUGGCUCACAUCAACACCAUUAUCCCAGAAACCCUAGACCCACUCCAAUUUGCAUACCGCCCCAACAGAUCCACAGAUGAUGGAAUCUCUAUUGCGCUCCACACUGCCCUUUCACACCUGGACAAAAGGAACACCUAUGUGAGAAUGCUAAAUCAUUGACUACACCUCAGUGUUCAACAGCAUAGUGCCCUCAAAGCUCAUCACUAAUCUAAGGACCCUGAGACUAAACACCUCCCUCUGCAACUGGAUCCUAGACUUCCUGACGGGCCACCCCCAGGUGGUAAGGGUAGGUAACGACACAUCCCCCACGCUGAUCCUCAACACGGGGGCCCCUCACGGGUGCGUUCUCAGUCCCCUCCUGUACUCCCUGUUCACUCAUGACUGCAUGGCCAGGCACGACUCCAACACCAUCAUUAAGUUUGCCGAUGACACAACAGUGGUAGGCCUGAUCACCGACAACGACGAGACAGCCUAUAGGGAAGAGGUCAGAGACCUGGCCCUGUGGUGCCAGGAUAACAACCUCUCCCUCAACAUGAUCAAGAUAAAGGAGAUGAUUGUGGACUGCAGGAAAAAGAAGAGGACAGCGCACACCCCCAUUCUCAUCGACGGUGGAGAAGGUUGAGAGCUUCAAGUUCCUUGGUGUCCACAUCACCAACAAACUAACAUGGUCCAAGCACCCCAAGACAGUCGUGAAGAGGGCACGACAAAACCUAUUCCCCCUAAGGAGACUGAAAAGAUUUGGCAUGGGUCCUCAGAAGGUUUUACAGCUGCACCAUCGAGAGCAUCCUGACUGGUUGCAUCACUGCCUGGUAUGGCAACUGCUCGGCCUCCGACCGCAAGGCACUACAAUGGGUAGUGCGGACGGCCAAGCUCCCUGCCAUCCAGGACCUCUAUACCAGGUGGUGUCAGAGGAAGGCCCUAUAAAUUGUCUGUCUCUCUGCUAUCUCUGCCCUAGUCAUAGACUGUCUCUCUGCUACCGCAUGGCAAGCGGUACCGGAGCGCCAAGUCUAGGUCCAAGAGGCUUCUAAACAGCUUCUACCCCCAAGCCAUAAGAUUCCUGAACAUCUAAUCAAAUGGCUACCAAGACUAUUUGCAUUGCCCACCCCGCUCUCUGUUUAUUAUCUAUGCAUAGUCACUUUAGUAACACUACCAACAUGUACAUAUUUCCUCAGUUACCUCGAAUAAAUGGUGCACCUGCACAUUGACUCGGUACCGGUACCCCCUGUAUAUAGCCUCACUAUUGUUAUUUUUACUUUUAUUAUUUGUUACUUUUAUUUCGGAUUAUUUUAUAUUGUAUUUUUUUGUGUGAUUUUUUAGGGUAUUCUUUCUUAAAACUGCAUUGUUGGUUAAGGGCUUGUAAGUAAGCAUUUCACUGUAAGGUCUACACCUGUUGUAUUCGCCGCAUGUGACAAAUACAAUUUGAUUUGAUUUUGAUUUGAUUCAGUAGGCUUUCCACCAGACACUGGGAGAUUAAUUCAUCUUUCAGCAGGACAAUACAUUUUACAUUUUUUACAUUUUAGUCAUUUAGCAGACGCUCUUAUCCAGAGCGACUUACAGUUAGCGCAUACAUUAUUUUUUAUUUUUCAUAACCCCCGUGGGAAGCGAACCCACAACCCUGGCGUUGCAAACGCCAUGCUCUACCAACUGAGCUACAUCCCCGCCGGGCCAUUCCCUCCCCUACCCUGGACGACGCUGGGCCAAUUGUGCGCCGCCCCAUGGGUCUCCCGGUCGUGGCCGGCUACGACAGAGCCUGGAUUCGAACCAGGAUCUCUAGUGGCACAGCUAGCACUGCGAUGCAGUGCCUUAGACCACUGCGCUAACCUAAAACACAAGGCCAAAUCUACAUGAGUUGUUUACCAAGAAGACAGUGAAUAUUCCUGAGUGGCCUAGUUACAGUUAUGACUUACAGUGAGGGAAAAAAGUAUUUGAUCCCCUGCUGAUUUUGUACGUUUGCCCACUGAUAGUAAUGAUCAUUCUAAUGAUCAGUCUAUAAUUGUAAUGGUAGGUUUAUUUGAACAGUGAGAGACAGAAUAACAACAAAAAAAUCUAGAAAAACGCAUGUCAAAAAUGUUAUAAAUUGAUUCGCAUUUUAAUGAGGGAAAUAAGUAUUUGAUCCCCUCUCAAUCAGAAAGAUUUCUGGCUCCCAGGUGUCUUUUUAUACAGCUAACGAGCUGAGAUUAGGAGCACACUCUUAAAGGGAGUGCUCCUAAUCUCAGCUUGUUACCUGUAUAAAAGACACCUGUACACAGAAGCAAUCAAUCAAUCAGAUUCCAAACUCUCCACCAUGGCCAAGACCAAAGAGCUCUCCAAGGAUGUCAGGGACAAGAUUGUAGACCUACACAAGGCUGGAAUGGGCUACAAGACCAUCGCCAAGUAGCUUGGUGAGAAGGUGACAACAGUUGGUGCGAUUCUCCCUCGGCCUGGGGCUCCAUGCAAGAUCUCACCUCGUGGAGUUGCAAUGAUCAUGAGAACGGUGAGGAAUCAGCCCAGAACUACACGGGAGGAUCUUGUCAAUGAUCUCAAGGCAGCUGGGACCAUAGUCACCAAGAAAACAAUUGGUAACACACUACGCCGUGAAGGACUGAAAUCCUGCAGCACCCGCAAGGUCCCCCUGCUCAAGAAAGCACAUAUACAGGGCCGUCUGAAGUUUGCCAAUGAACAUCUGACUGAUCCAGAGGAGAACUGGGUGAAAGUGUUGUGGUCAGAUGAGACUAAAAUCGAGCUCUUUGGCAUCAACUCAACUCACUGUGUUUGGAGGAGGAGGAAUGCUGCCCAUGACCCCAAGAACACCAUCCCCACCGUCAAACAUGGAGGUGGAAACAUUAUGCUUUGGGGGUGUUUUUCUGCUAAGGGGACAGGACAACUUCACCGCAUCAAAGGGACGAUGGACGGGGCCAUGUACCAUCAAAUCUUGGGUGAGAACCUCCUUCCCUCAGCCAGGGCAUUGAAAAUGGGUCGUGGAUGGGAAUUCCAGCAUGCCAAUGACCCAAAACACACGGCCAAGGCAACAAAGGAGUGGCUCAAGAAGAAGCACAUUAAGGUCCUGGAGUGGCCUAGCCAGUCUCCAGACAUUAAUCCCAUAGAAAAUCUGUGGAGGGAGCUGAAGGUUCGAGUUGCCAAAUGUCAGCCUCGAAACCUUAAUGACUUGGAGAAGAUCUGCAAAGAGGAGUGGAACAAAAUCCCUCCUGAGAUGUGUGCAAACCUGGUGGCCAACUACAAGAAACGUCUGACCUCUGUGAUUGCCGACAAGGGUUUUGCCACCAAGUACUAAGCCAUGUUUUGCAGAGGGGUCAAAUACUUAUUUCCCUCAUUAAAAUGCAAAUCUAUUUAUAACCUUUUUGACAUGCGUUUUUUUGGAUUUUUUUGUUGUUAUUCUGUCUCUCACUGUUCAAAUAAACCUACCAUUAAAAUUAUAGACUGAUCAUGUCUUGUCAGUGGGCAAAUAUACAAAAUCAGCAGGGGAUCAAAUACUUUUUUCCCUCACUUUAAAUCUACUUGAAAGUCUAUCGCAAGACCUGAAAAUGGUUGUCUAGCAAUGAUCAACAACCAAUUUGACAGAGCUUGAAGAAUUUUGAAAAUGUUGCACAAUACAGGUGUGGAACAUUCUGGAUAAGAGCGUCUGCUAAAUGACUAAAAUGUAAAAUGUAAAUGUAAUGGAAAGCUCUUAGACACUUACCCAGAAAGACUCACAGCUGUAAUCGCUGCCAAAGGUGCUUCUACAAAGUAUUGACUCAGGGGUGUGAAUACGUACAGUACCAGUCAAACUUUUUUACUAUUUUCUACAUUGUAGAAUAAUAGUGAAGACAUAAGAACUAUGAAAUAACACAUAUUGAAUCAUCUAGUACCCAAAAAGGUGUUAAACAAAAAAUAUAUAUUUUAGAUUUUAGAUUCUUCAAAGUAGCCACCCUUUGUGUUGAUGGCAGCUUUGCAUACUCUUGGCAUUCUCUCAACCAGCUUCACCUGAAAAACUUUUCCAACAGACUUGAAGGAGUUCCCACAUAUGCUGAGCACUUGUUGGCUGCUUUUCCUUCACUCUGCAGUCUGACUCAUCCCAAACCAUCUAAAUUUGGUUGAGGUCGGGGGAUUGUGGAGGCCAGGUCAUCUGAUGCAGCGCUCCAUCACUCUCCUUCUUGGUCAAAUAUAAAUAUCCCUUACAAAGCCUGGAGGUGUGUUGGGUCAUUGUCCUGUUGAAAAACAAAUGAUAGUCCCACUAAGCGCAAACCAGAUGGGAUGGCGUAUCGCUGCAGAAUGCUGUAGUAGCCAUGCUCGUCAAGUGUGCCUUGAAUUUUAAAUAAAUCACAGACAGUGUCACUAGCAAAGCACCCCCACACCAUCACACCUCCUCCUCCAUGCUUCACGCUGGGAACCACACAUGCAGAGAUCAUCCGUUCACCUACUCUGCGUCUCACAAAGACACUGCGGUUGGAACCAAAAAUCUGAAAUUUGGACUCAUCAGACCAAAGGACAGAUUUCCAACGGUCUAAUGUCCAUCGCUCGUGUUUCUUGGCCCAAUCAAGUUUCUUCUUAUUAUUGGUGUCAGUUGAUGAGCGAGGGGAACCGAACAAUGCAUAAUUAUGUAAUCACCAAUUGUGAAUGAAGAACAGGGCAGGCCAUUCUAUUGUAUUCAUCUAUUCUAAUUAUAAUCUCAAAAAUAUGUACCCUAUAUCAGUCCACUGAAUCCAAGCAGCCUAAUUAGUCUACUCUAGACCUACUUGAAGUAGGCUACACAGUGAGAGCAUAAUUGACAAUGGCAAGACCAAGAUGAACAUGCUGCGUUAGCGUUGCUACAAGAUCUGAAUGAAAACACUCAGAUGGUGGGGAAGAAAUGGAUCAUGACAUCUCUGAUGAUGAUUAUUCUGAUUCAUGCUGAAUGGCUUUCCAUAUUUGAGAAAGGAUCCAUAUCUGGCAGCAGGUGAGCGAGUGUCAGAUACUUUUUCGGAUCAGAUGGCACGGCUGUACUAGGUGAAAGGAGGAACUCGCUGCUGGCCUGUUGCUGAGUUCUACAACAUGCUUGAGUUGGUGUCACGAUCGUUGAGAGACGGGUCAGACCAAGGUGCAGCGUGAUAUGCGUACAUAUUUAUUAAGACAAAUAAACACUUGACAAAAUAACAAAACAACGAAAACAUGAAGUCCUAUUGGCUAUACACACAACAAGCCUAACAGGAACACAAACAAGAUCCCACCACUAAGGUAGGCAACCAGGCUACCUAAGUAUGAUCCCCAAUCAGAGACAACGAGCGACAGCUGCCUCUGAUUGGGAAUCACACCCUGCCAAACAUAGAAAUAUAAAACUAGAUCUAAACAUAGAUAUACAAUCACAUAGAUCUCAACUGAAACUCAAACCCUAACCCAACCAACAAGAGUUCUCUAGAUCAGGGCGUGACAGUUGGCUGCUAUCAACACACACGUGUUGUUCAAGCAGUGCAUGAACAACACCUUGAGGAGGAGAGACUUCCUCAUGAGUCUGGCACACGGACUACGUGAGAGACAUAUGAGGGCCAAGGCAGCAGCAAAGAGUCCACGCGAGCCAUUGCUUGAGCCAAAUUGUGCACAGCUCCCAGGGAGGAGAAACUGCGAGGUGGACAGAUGCACUCGCAACAGAACCUAUGACAGCUGCAAGCAACUUGUUUGUGGGAAGUGUUGCACUCAAGUGAAAGUGACAAAGAUUUGUGGUGACUGUUAGUACAAGGGAUAACAGCUAAAUUAUAUCCAACCAGUGGUGGAAACAGUACACAAUUGUCAUACUAAAGUAAAAGUUAAAAUACCUUAAUAGAAAAUUACUCACGUAAAAGUGAAAGACCCAGUAAAAUAAUACUUGAGUAAAAGUCUAAAAGUAUUUGUUUUUAAAUAGACUAAAGUAUCAAAAGUAAAAGGACACUGAACAAAAAUAUAAACGCAACAUGUAAGUGUUGGUCCCAUGUUUCAUGAGCUGAAAUAAGAUUCCACACAUUUUUCAUAGGCACAAAAGGUUAUUUCUCUCAAAUGUUGUGCACAAAUUUGUUUACAUCCCUGUUAGUGAGCAUUUCUCCUUUACCAAGAUAAUCCAUCCACCUGACAGGUGUGGCAUAUCAAGAAGCUGAUUAAACAGCAUGUUCAUUACACAGGUGCACCUUGUGCUGCGUACAAUAAAAGGCCACUCUAAAAUGUGCAGUUUUGUCACACAACACAAUGCCACAGGUGCCUCAAGUUUUGAGGGAGCGUGCAAUUGGCAAGCUGAUUGCAGGAAUGUCCACCGGAGCUGUUGCCAGAGAAUUGAAUGUUCAUUUCUCUACCAUAAGCCGCCUCCAAUGUUGUUUUAGAGAAUUUGGUAGUACGUCCAACCAGCCUCACAACCGCUGAUCAUGUGUAUGGCGUUGUGUGGGUGAGCAGUUUGCUGAUGUCAAUGUUGGCGGUGGGGUUAUGGUAUGGGCAGGCAUAAGUUUGAAUGCACAGAGAUACCGUGACGAGAUCAUGAGGCCCAUUGUCGUGCCAUUCAUCCACCGGCAUCACCUCAUGUUUCAGCAUGAUAAUGCACAGCCCCAUGUCGCAAAGAUCUGUGCACAAAUCCUGGAAGCUGAAAAUGUCCCAGUUCUUCCAUGGCCUGUAUACUCAGCAGACAUGUCAACCAUUGAGCAUGUUUGGGUUACUCUGGUUCGACGUGUAUGACAGCGUGUUCCAGUUCCUGCCAAUAUCCAGCAACUUCGCACAGCCAUUGAAGAGGAGUGGGACAACAUUCCACAGGCCACAAUCAACAGCCUGAUCAACUCUAUGCGAAAGAGAUGUGUCUCGCUGCAUGAGUAAAAUGGUGGUCACACCAGAUACUGACUGGUUUUCUGAUCCACGCCCCUACCGUUUUUUUAAAGGUAUCUGUGACUAACAGAUGCAUAUCUGUAUUCCUAACGUUAGCUAGCUAGGCUAACUGAGGGUGCAGAGCAUGCGCUUUCUGAUCCUACAGUUACAAAUAACAACUCCAUUCAGAAUAUUAAGUAGUAGCCUGCCUACAUGUUAGCUCUUGGCCGUUGUAGCCUAUCCUUCUCCUUUAAAAUGUUAUUCUGUCAAUUUAAUUACAUCUUCCACUGAUUAGAUAUCUCCUAACUUUUGCCACACACGGAGCGAGGCUCUAUGACUGUAGCCUAUUGCCGUUUUGAUGACUUAUGAUUGGCCAAAAACAAGCAAGAGCAGCAGCACUAUAAAUUAUACAAUUUCUCUCUCUUUCUCUAAUGCAGCAGUGGCGUUCGGAAAUGCACGGCCCCUUCCGGAAAACAGUUAAAAUUACACGUACCCGAGACCCGUGACAAUCAUAUCAGAUCCGACUCAGAUCCGUGACAUUAUUUAGAAUUCUGGAUCCAGACCCGCUCGGGUCCCGGAUCGGGUCUUGGGUAUUCAUGCACAGUGGAGCCGUGAAGACCUCUAAGGGCCUCACUCCAACACUCAGACAUAAUUUACAAACGAAGCAUUUGUGUUUAGUGAGUCCGCCAGAUCAGAGGCAGUUGGGAUGACCUGAGAUGUUCUCUUGAUAAGUGCAUGAAUUGGACCAUUUUCCUGUCCUGCUAAGCAUUUAAAAUGUAACGAAUACUUUUGGGUGUCAGGGAAAAUAUAUGAAGUAAAAAGUACAUUAUUUUCUUUAGGAAUGUAGUGGAGUAAAAGUAAAAGAUGUCAAAAAUAUAAAUAAUAAAGUAAAGUACAGAUACCCCAAAAAACUACUUAAGUAGUACUUUAAAGUAUUUUUACUUAAGUACUUUAAACCACUGGAUCCAAUUGUUGCAUGAAGACGCACAGCAUACUGUAAGCACGAGCGAGACUACAAGCAAUGUGUCCAAUAACUGACAAUAAUAUACUAUUUUUGACUGCUGUCAUAUCGACACUUACAUUAAUUAUAAUGCCAUUAUUGCUUUUGUGCUGAUUUUCACUAUAUUUCACUUAUAUUUACUUAAUUUUCGUAAUUUUUUAAUUAUUAUAUUUGUUUUGUCGUUAUAAAAAUAAGCUUUUACUGCGUUUCAACUCACAUGCUUUUUGUUUCAUAGUUGUAACAAAGGCACUCCACUAAUAAAAUUGAUUUUACAUGUGAAAUUCUGUGUUUUUAGUGGUUUUACAUUUUUACAUUUAGUCUACUCUAACGUAAACUAAUGAAAAUUGUAUUAUGUUCUUUCAAAUAUUAACAUUUCUUAUUUUAAUGUUACCUAAGACCUUCAUAAACACAUGUUAGGUUCAAGGUUUUUAUUGAAAUUAAGUUAUUGAAAUUGAAAAAUUGAAAACAGUCAGAUUGAAUGUCUUGACAGUUCUAGUGUUAAUGGCAGUUGGUCACCGGGAAGUUCAUGUACUGUUAGCUUGCUGGAAGUAGUUAUUGUAAAAUAACUAAACUGUUAAAAUAACUUACUGUGGCUGAUCUCUGUCACUCUCACUGACCUGAUGGUGUGGCAGUAAGGUAAGUUUGCUGUCAACCUAGAGGUUGAGGCCAGGUGAGGCUGGGUCCCAAGUGUGCUCACCACAAAGAAUGCUUAAUAGUUGUCACCUAAUGUUAUAAGCUUUCUUGUAAUCAGAAAAGUUCAUUGAGCUACUGGCACCUAGUUGCAAGUAUGUUACUGUUCAUUCUACAAUAGCUUACUGACAGUUAGGUUGCUAGUUAAGGUGUUACGUUAUUGUGAAUUUUACAGCUGGUUGCUAGUAAGGUAACACAAAAUUCACAGCAAUUUCCAGGCAACUAACUUAAUGCAAACUCUUAACAGUGCAGCUCUUUAAUGUCACAUGCUCUUACAAAGAUUGCAGAACUGACAGUGUAAAAUGAGUUGCUCAACUUUUGACAACUACUGGCAGGUAGCCUAGCGGUUAAGAGCUAGUAACUGAAAGGUUGCAGGUUCAAAUCCCAGGGCUGACUAGGUGAAAAAUCUGUUGAUGUGCCCUUGAGCGAGGCACUUAACCCUAAUUGCUCCUGUAAGUCGCUCUGGAUAAAAGUGUCUACUAAAUUACUAAAAUGUAACAUAACCAUCAACCACUUAAACUGGUAUAACACUUUCACUCAUGGUUGGCACAAAUAAAUAUAUUAGACCAUUUCAAAUUGCUAAAUAUUGGAUAGAAAAAUGUACCAUUAUACAACACUGUGGAUAUGCACUGAGUGUACAAAACAUUAGGGACUCCUUUCUAAUAUUGAACAGCCUUAAUUCAUCAGGGCAUGGACUAUGAGGUGUCGAAAGCUUCACAGGGUUGCUGACCCAUGUUGACUCCCAUGCUUCCCACAGUUGUGUCAAGUUGGCUGGACGUCCUUUGGGUGGUGAACCAUUCUUGAUACACACAUGGGAAACUGUUGAGCAUGAAAAACCCUGCAGCGUUGCAGUUCUUGACACACUCAAACUGGUGCGCCUGUCACCUACUACCAUACCCUGUUCAAGGCACUUAAAUAUUUUGUCUUGCCCAAUCACCCUCUGAAUGGUACACAUACACAAUCCAUGUCUCAAUUGUCUCUAGGCUUAAAAAUUAUUCUUUAACCUGUCUCCUCCCCUUUAGCUACACCAGGGUUUCCCAAACUCAGUCCUGCCCCCCCCCCCCCCCCCCCCCCCCCCCCCCCCGGGUGCACGUUUUGGUUCUUGCCCUAGCACUACACAGCUGAUUCAAAUAACCAACUCAUCAUCAAGCUUUGAUUAUUUGAAUCAGCUGUGUAGUGAUAGGGCAAAAACCAAAACGUGCACCCAGGGGGUGACCUGGACCGAGUUUGUGAAACCCUGAUCUACACUGAUUGAAAUGGAUUUAACAGCUCACACCAAUAAGGGAUCAUGUUGUAGCAUUCACCGCUGUCGCUAUCUAGAAAGUGUUGUUUCCUUUUCCGUAUCAGCCAUCUACCUAAAUAAUUGUCUCUCAGAGCUAUAAGUUGAUAAAUGGCUACUACAUGUUUUCAUCUAUCAACUGGAAUAGGUAGUAUACCCAAGUAAUUGGAGGUUUGUCUUUUAGAAGAGAGCAAAUGGCACAUGUACAGAUGUAGGAUCUUAAUUUGAGCUAGUUUGCUACAGCAAGAAAAUAAUCCUGCAGCAACAGGAAAUGUGAAUUAUUUUGUGGAUUAUAAUUAAUGACAUUUUUGUAGGGGUUGGUUCCUUCAUAAGGGAAAUCAAGUCAAAUGUCAAAGUGGAAAUUUCAAACUUCAGAAGCCUUUUAAACCUCAAAUGCACUACAUGUUUUACAUUUCCUGCAUUGCAGGAAAGUUAUCCUGCAACAGGGUGAUCACAAGAUCCUACAUCUGUAGCGGCAGCGGAUUGUCCCAGUUAUGUUGAUUUCCAUACAAUAUCGAUGGUCAAUGGAAACAGGAUUCACCUGAGCUCAAUUUCCAGGCUCAUUGCAAAGGGUCUGAAUACUUAUGUGAAUAAGGUUUCUGUUUUGUAUUUGCAAACAUUUCUAAAAACCUGUUUUCGCUUUGUCUUAAUGGGGUAUUGUGUGUAGAUUGAUGACAUAUAUCUUUUUUUGAUUAAUGAUUAAUUUGCGGGUGCUAUUGAUUACAGUAGAACAAGCUAAUCAAUUCCGGUGUAGAGUGGACGCUGGACAAAUGUUGGUGCGUGUGCAGUUUAUAAGGUACUAAUUUAACAAAAUACAAGUAAUCUGAUCACGAGUAUGACAUGUACAGUGCAUUCGUAAAGUAUUCAGACCCCUCGACUUUUUUGUUUUUCCACAUUUUGUUACAUUACAGCCUUAUUCUAAAAUUUAUGAAAAAAAUAUAUAUAUCAUCAAUCUACAUGCAAUACCCCAUAAAGACAAAGCGAAAACAGGUUCACAUAAGUAUUCAGACCCUUUGCAAUGAGACUGGAAAUUGAGCUCAGGUGAAUCCUGUUUCCAUUGACCAUCCUUGAGAUGUUUCUACAACUUGAUUGGAGUCCACCUGUGGUAAAUUCAAUUGAUUGGACAUGAUUUGAAAAGGCACACACCUGUCUAUAUAAGGUCCCACAGUUGACAGUGCAUGUCAGAGCAAAAACCAAGCCAUGAAGUCGAAGGAAUUGUCAGUAGCGCUCCGAGACAGGAUUGUGUCGAGGCACCGAUCUGAGAAAGGGUACUAAAACAUGUCUGCAGCAUUGAAUGUCCCCAAGAACACAGUGGCCUCCAUCAUUCUUAAAUGGAAGAAGUUUGGAACCAGCAAGACUCUUCCUACAGCUGGCCGCAGGCCAAACAUAGUAAUCGGGGGAGAAGGGUCUUGGUCAGGGAGGUGACCAAGAACCCGAUGGUCACUCUGACAGAGCUCCAGAGUUCUUCUGUGGAGAUGGGAGAACCUUCCAGAAUGACAGUCAUCUCUGCAGCACUCCACCAAUCAGUCCUUUAUGGUAGAUUGGCCAGAUGGAAGCCACUCCUCAGUAAAAGGCACAUGAUAGCCCUCUUGGCACCUAAAGGACUCUCAGACUAUGAGAAACAAGAUUCUCUGGUCUGAUUAAACUAAGAUUGAACUCUUUGGCCUGAAUGCCAAGCAUCACGUCUGGAGGAAACCUGGCACCAUCCCUACGGUGAAGCACCGUGGUGGCAACAUCAUGCUGUGGGGAUGUUUUUCAGUGGCAGGGACUGGGAGACUAGUCAGGAUCGAGGGAAAGAUGAACGGAGCAAAGUACAGAGAGAUCCUUGAUGAAAACCUGCUCCAGAGCGCUCAGGACCUCAGACUGGGGCGAAGGUUCACCUUCCAACAGGACAACGACGCUAAGCACACAGCCAAAACAACGCAGGAGUGGCUUCAGGGACAAGUCUCUGAAUGUCCUGGAGAGACCUGAAAAUAGCUGUGCAGCGACGUUCCCCAUCCAACCUGACAAAGCUUGAGACGAUCUGCAGAGAAGAAUGGGAGAAACUCUCCAAAUACAGGUGUGCCAAGCCUGUAACGUCAUACCCAAGACUACUCGAGGCUGUAAUCACUACCAAAGGUGCUUCAACAAAGUGCUGAGUAAAGGGUCUGAAUACUUAUGUAAAUGUGAUAUUUCCGUUUUUUAUUUUGUAUAAAUGUGCAAUAAUGUCUAAAAACCUGUUUUUGCUUUGUCAUUAUGUGGUAUUGUGUCUAGAUUGAUGAGGGGAAAAAAACAAUUUAAUCAAUUUUAGAAUAAGGCUGUAACGUAACAAAAUGUGGAAAAAGUCAAGGGGUCUGAAUACUUUCCGAAUGUAUUGUAUGUGUAGUCAUUUGUAUAUUUUGGUCUUCAAAAUGUCAUGCCCUAUUUCAGCAUAUAGAUUAUGAAUUUGGACAUUUAACGGCAGUAUUUUGACACUGGGUUAUAUAGAUAAAUAAAACAUUUACAAAAUAGGAAGCAGCAAUUUUCAAUUUAUGUUUUAAGGAUAUAAAUUAUUAUUUUAACAUAAUUUUUCAACGUGAAUCUACUGAAUGAGGCCAGAAACACGCUGUGAUUUAUUGAUUUUGAUGAUGUUUGGGAAAUCGUGAAAAUAUGUUUGUCUUGUCCAGUUAUAGUAACUGUAUUCCACCAUUUUGCAGAGAUGGAUAAUCCAUACUGAGUCCACAGCGUUGUAGAAACAAAACAUACACAUCCUGCCUCUGCUCAACACUCAAACUCGAGAACGAGUCGUUUGGGGGCUGCUGCAGUUUGCGAACGAUAUCAUGGAUAUCUCCCUCACGGCAGUCAAGCAAUUCUAUUCCACCAAGAGUCGUUCACAAUCUAGUCCGGUUGCGGCCUCUACUAGACCUUGUUUCAAAGGUAUCAAUAAAUAAUCAUAUUUGUAUGCCUAGAAAUCAACAAAUGUACAUUGUUUGAAGCACCCUUGUAUAUGACAGCUCCAAUAAGCUCCAAUAAGCCCAAUAUGGUGAAUGAGAGUCUUGUAGAAUCAUGAUUCUUUCGAGUUUUUAGUUCAUCGUUCACUGGUAGGGGAUCCUGUGUGCUCCUGGCAUAACUGAAUCAAAUGAACAAAAUGAAUUGAAAGAUUUGUUCUUUUGACUAAUCGAGUUGAAAAGAUCAGUCAAUAAAAAGAGCCGAACUUCCCAAGUCCUUGAACCUUACUGUUUCUUUAUUGACCCUUCGCUAAGCCCCGCCCCAAACUGUGGGCCAACCAAUCGCAGAGCUCCGGUAGAUAGCAACUUUCGCUAACCAAGCUGGAGUCCGUUGCCGCAGACUCAAAUUUCAAACCCAUGAAAGACAAUGAGGGCAAUAUUAAAAACAAGUUUUCAUCCCAAAAUUAUUUGUUUAAAAAUGGUUAAAUAAUUGAACAGUACACCAGGGGGAAGUGUGAUUCAUGAAAUUCAGAGCCUGUUGGAGUAUUUUUUUAAAUCCGAAAUUACACUUUUGUUGCAUUGUCUGUUAGCUGGUUAACAAUAGCUCUCAUUCAUCACCAUUGAAAACAUUGCUAACACUGGCUAGCUAGCCAGCAAGUGAAUAUAACUUGUUUUCACCAAAUGUAUGUUAGCUAGCUAAGUUAGCUAUAUAAUGAAUAUAACUCUUACCUGCUGUCGACAUCAGGAUACAAUUUGAGAGUACUAGUCAUCUCCAAAAGUGGUUAGCUUUGACUGCAUUCUGACAGUGCAUUCAGAGCCAUUCAUUGGCUAGCCACACUACAAACCUCAUUUUACCAGGUCCUGUGAAGUAAUUGUAAUAACAUUCCACCACAACAUGCCAGAGUGCCUCCUGAAGGGGUAGUCUGUUUUUAAUUUCAUUGUGUAUUAAAAACACAGUUUGAGAUCAUUGUGUGAGGUUUUCGCCAGUCAUUUGAAUGGGGAAUUGGAUUUCCCGGGUAAAUGUUGCCUUUUGUAGCCGUCAUCGGCCACAGACUGCAAUUUUCCUCAGUGACUCGAUGUGACACACACACUACAUAUGGCUUUCACCAGCAGUAGCGGUGCGUGAGUAAAAUCACUAGAAGCCAAGCCAGGAAAAAAUAGCCAUAUUACAACCUAUGUGUUGUGAUAAUUGCGUUGUUUGUACAAUAAUAUCCUGUUAGGUCAUAUACCUUGCCACCGUGAUAUAUAGGCCUAAGGCCGAGACAAUAACAAGACAGUGACAGAAUAAAUUCAACCACACCUGUGUUUCAUCACAAAACCAGAGAGCAACAACUGUCCGGUGAAGUCCACAAAGCUAACUGUAAGUCGCUCUGGAUAAGAGUGUCUGCUAAAUGACUAACAUGUCAAAAAUAUUGCAUGUAACAAACAGGUACAUGACCUACAGCAUGUUCAAGCAAGUUAAUGUUUUCGACAUUUUCGGACUACUAAACAACUAACGUUAUGUAUUUAGAACCAUGGAGAGGUAGGCCACCACAAAUCGCAAAGAAAAUAGAAGCUGCCUCCACUAUUCCAUCACCAUUUCAACUUUAACAUUUCAACAUCAUCAUAUCAGCUAUGCUUAGUCUAAUACAGUUACAAAUAAAAGUGUGCGUGCUUGAAAGUAGAAAAAAACAUGUUGACUUACCCUACUUGUAGAUAAACGCCAAUGCCAUCCUCCUCUCCUUCAUGUUGCCGAAACGGUUUAUGACUCUGUCAUACAGUACACACUUUUAGUUUUUGUUGUCCUAGGCUACCGAGCUAAAAUGCUUGCUUGCUAGCCUAACUUCCUUUCAUGGGCAACGAUGAGCCAGCUAGUUAACAUCAGCCAUGAGGGAAAAAAGUAUUUGAUCCCCUGCUGAUUUUGUACGUUUGCCCACUGACAAAGAAAUGAUCAGUCUAUAAUUUUAAUGGUAGGUUUAUUUGAACAGUGAGAGACAGAAUAACAACAAAAAAAUCCAGAAAAACGCAUAUCAAAAAUGUUAUAAAUUGAUUUGCAUUUUAAUGAGGGAAAUAAGUAUUUGACCCCUCUGCAAAACAUGACUUAGUACUUGGUGGCAAAACCCUUGUUGGCAAUCAUAGAGGUCAGACGUUUCUUGUAGUUGGCCACCAGGUUUGCACACAUCUCAGGAGGGAUUUUGUCCCACUCCUCUUUGCAGAUCUUCUCCAAGUCAUUAAGGUUUCGAGGCUGACGUUUGGCAACUCAAACCUUCAGCUCCCUCCAAAGAUUUUCUAUGGGAUUAAGGUCUGGAGACUGGCUAGGCCACUCCAGGACCUUAAUGUGCUUCUUCUUGAGCCACUCCUUUGUUGCCUUGGCCGUGUGUUUUGGGUCAUUGUCAUGCUGGAAUACCCAUCCACGACCCAUUUUCAAUGCCCUGGCUGAGGGAAGGAGGUUCUCACCCAAGAUUUGACGGUACAUGGCCCCGUCCAUCGCCCCUUUGAUGCGGUGAAGUUAUCCUGUCCCCUUAGUAGAAAAACACCCCCAAAGCAUAAUGUUUCCACCUCCAUGUUUGACGGUGGGGAUGGUGUUCUUGGGGUCAUAGGCAGCAUUCCUCCUCCUCCAAACACGGCGAGUUGAGUUGAUGCCAAAGAGCUCGAUUUUGGUCUCAUCUGACCACAACACUUUCACCCAGUUCUCUUCUGAAUCAUUCAGAUGUUCAUUGGCAAACUUCAGACGGGCCUGUAUAUGUGCUUUCUUGAGCAGGGGGACCUUGCGGGCGCUGCAGGAUUUCAGUCCUUCACGGCGUAGUGUGUUACCAAUUGUUUUCUUGGUGACUAUGUCCCAGCUGCCUUGAGAUCAUUGACAAGAUCCUCCCGUGUAGUUCUGGGCUGAUUCCUCACCGUUCUCAUGAUCAUUGCAACUCCACGAGGUGAGAUCUUGCAUGGAGCCCCAGGCCGAGGGAGAUUGACAGUUAUUUUGUGUUUCUUCCAUUUGCGAGUAAUCGCACCAACUGUUGUCACCUUCUCACCAAGCUGCUUGGCGAUGGUCUUGUAGCCCAUUCCAGCCUUGUGUAGGUCUACAAUCUUGUCCCUGACAUCCUUGGAGAGCUCUUUGGUCUUGGCCAUGGUGGAGAGUUUGGAAUCUGAUUGAUUGAUUGCUUCUGUGGACAGGUGUCUUUUAUACAGGUAACAAGCUGAGAUUAGGAGCACUCCCUUUAAGAGUGUGCUCCUAAUCUCAGCUUGUUACCUGUAUAAAAGACACCUGGGAGCCAGAAAUCUUUCUGAUUGAGAGGGGGUCAAAUACUUAUUUCCCACAUUAAAAUGCAAAUCAAUUGAUAACAUUUUUGACAUGCAUUCUUUCUGGAUUUUUUUGUUGUUAUUCUGUCUCUCACUGUUAAAAUAAAUCUACCAUUAAAAUGAUAGACUGAUCAUUUCUUUGUCAGUGGGCAAACGUACAAAAUCAAAUACGUUUUUCUCUCACUGUACAUCUAGCUACAUAUUGAACUUACAUCCUCUCAGGCAAGGGGCACAAUGUAUGAAUUGAUGGUUGGAUCAGAAUCGCCGUUGUCAUCAUUGGCCAGUACGGAGAAUUAAGUAAAACCACAAGUCUAAAUCUCCAUCCAUGGUUAAUUUUAGCUAGCUAAUUAGCCACUGGGAGGACAACAACACAACAAGAUGCAACAAUUCAAGUUUUUUCUGUCAAUUAUGUUUAGCUUUUUAUGUGAUGUGAUUGGUGUGAAGCCAAAUCCAACUGUCUUCCCUUGACACUUUUUUUUGGUGCGCCAGAACCAUUCACAGUUGAGCUCGCUCAGUUUAGUUCAACGCUGAUUGGCUAUUAUUAUUAUUAUUUUUAUUAUCAAGGAAGGCCAAAUGCUUGCUGGCUUUCGUUGCAUUCAAUGCUACGGGCGGCAACAAUGUCAUACCCUUUUUGACCAGACAGCAUCAGAUAGAUGGGCUACACAUACAGAGACAGAGGGGCGCUGUUUCGCUUGCUCGGAUGCUUUCUUCAGGGAGAGACAGUACAUUCAGCCUCUUGCGAAUUGAAGGAAAAUUCUGAAACACCCCAAGAAAAGAGGAAAGAUACAUUAUUUUAUGUGUUUUUCUUUUUAUUAUUUUUACAUUUUUUGGGGAAGCCUGGCUUCCCUUGGCAUCCAUGAAUACACACCACUAUUCACCAGUCCAAACCAUAUCAGAUCAUACCCUGUUGCGCGUGUGUGUCACAUCGAGUCACUGAGGAAAACUGCGGUCUGUGACCGCUGACAGAUACAAAAGGCACCCAGUAGGACGCCCCGAUCUGUCAAAGGACCCUGCUUUGAUGACACAAUGGAUAAUUACCAACCAAUCAUGACCAAGGCUGCUGGCUGCAAGGGCAGGGGGUGGUGUGCAUGCGUGCGUCCUUGUGUACAUGUACAAAACCCUGAAUAAUAGCACUUUACCAGUGAUAUUGUACCACAGGGAAAUUCCAAUGAACGUCACAUUCUAUAUUAGUCAUACAGAAGAACCUGUUGGAACCGGGCACCUCUCUAGUGACAUACUCUAUGACAUCAGUAAACUUGUUAUGGCUGGUAUGCUGAUGUUGUUGUACUUUUUAUGAUAUUGUGAAUAUUACUGUUAAACUUUUAUGAGUUCAUUCUGUUCUCACUGCUUUGCUGUUUUGUCAUGCUUGCCUGCAUGUGUAUGUUGUUUGUGUGUGUGUGUGUGUGUGUGUACCUCCCUAUCUCUGUGUGUGUGUGUGUGUUGUGCGGGUUGAGUCAACCCGCAGUCCCCGGAUGGCAGGCAGGUUGAAUAAAGAUAAAACAAUACCUUAUUAUUGUACUCACCAAAUGCUUUUGGGAGAACGGGCAGAAAAAGUAUCCACGGAGGACAAUGUCGGAGUUUAAUUCAACAAGCUGCGAAAUGUGAGUCGAAAAUAAAGAGGAGGGAGGGCCAGAAGAGUUAUGUUUUGGAAAAUAUUUGGUGAAGUGGUAAAAGAGGAUGAUAGCAGUGCCGGCUAUGUUAUAUGUGAUGAUUGUGAGGCGCUAUACAAAUUUGACUGUCACAAGAUGGGGACUUCAAGUAGGCCUAUGGCACAUCAAGGGAACAGUAGCUUACUGUUCAGAUGGGUUAAAUGGAAACUGAAAUCUUUACACUGACUGUAGGUCUAUAACCUCUCACAUAGGCAAAAUAUGAACUCCUGCAGAAUUAAGCAUUUCUUGCAGUAAAAUGAUAAACCACAUUUUGGCAAAAUUUGGACUCUGGAACAGGAGUGGAGAAAUAUGCCCAGUUAUAUACAGUCUGUGGAGGUGCUAUCUUUAUCAGCAUCAUAAAAGCUGAUAAUAUUUCAACCACAUAAAAUAUGCAUCUAAGCGAAACUAAAACCGUAUAAAAAAAAUGUUUUCACAGCUUUCUAUUUCCUUAGAACUGGUCAAACUGAUGUCAUUUGGACAUUAUGCAAAGAAAAUGUUUCCUGUUUUCUUUUUGUUAUUGCAUUUUAUCCCAAGUCCCUAAAUGUCUUCGCUCUGCAAAAGAAGCAGAGAUGAUAGAGAGAACUUUACCAAUGUCAUCUAGAUUGAAGAUUCUAUCAUUUUUACAUUUUAGUCAUUUAGCAGAUGCUCUUAUCCAGAGCGACUUACAUGAGUGCAUACAUUUUCAUACUGGCCCCCCGUGGGAAACCCACAACCCUGGCGUUGCAAGCACCAUGCUCUACCAACUGAGCUACAGGGGACUUAUGACAUUAUUCUUGUGAGCAAGGGUUUAUGUAGUCUUCUAGGGCAACAUGCAGUGGCUUGCGAAAGUAUUCACCCCCCUUGGCAUCUUUCCUAUUUUGUUGCCUUACAACCUGGAAUUAAAAUUGAUUUUUUGGGGGGGUUGUAUCAUUUGAUUUACACAACAUGCCUACCACUUUGAAGAUGCAAAAUAUUUUUUGGGGUGAAACAAACAAGAAAUAAGACAAAAAAACAGAACUUGAGCAUGCAGAACUAUUCACUCCCCCCCAAAGUCAAUACUUUGUAGCGCCACUUUUUGCAGCAAUUACAGCUGCAAGUCUCUUGGGGUAUGUCUCUAUAAGCUUGGCACAUCUAGCCACUGGGAUUUUUGCCCAUUCUUCAAGGCAAAACUGCUCCAGCUCCUUCAAGUUGGAUGGGUUCCGCUGGUGUACAGCAAUCUUUAAGUCAUACCACAGAUUCUCAAUCGGAUUGAGGUCUGGGCUUUGACUAGGCCAUUCCAAGACAUUUAAAUGUUUCCCCUUAAACCACUCGAGGGUUGCUUUAGCAGUAUGCUUAGGGUCAUUGUCCUGCUGGAAGGUGAACCUCCGUCCCAGUCUCAAAUCUCUGGAAGUCUGAAACAGGUUUCCCUCAAGAAUUUCCCUGUAUUUAGCGCCAUCCAUCAUUCUUUCAAUUCUGACCAGUUUCCCAGUCCCUGCCGAUGAAAAACAUCCCCACAGCAUGAUGCUGCCACCACCAUGCUUCACUGUGGGGAUGGUGUUCUCGGGGUGAUGAGAGGUGUUGGGUUUGCGCCAGACAUAGCGUUUUCCUUGAUGGCCAAAAAGCUCAAUUUUAGUCUAAUCUGACCAGAGUACCUUCUUCCAUAUGUUUGGGGAGUCUUCCACAUGGCUUUUGGGGAACACCAAACGUGUUUGCUUAUUUUUUUCUUCAAGCAAUGGCUUUUUUCUGGCCACUCUUCCGUAAAGCACCCAACUCUGUGGAGUGUACAGCUUAAAGUGGUCCUAUGGACAGAUACUCCAAUCUCCACUGUGGAGCUUUGCAGCUCCUUCAGGGUUAUCUUUGGUCUCUUUGUUGCCUCUCUGAUUAAUGCCCUCCUUGCCUGGUCCGUGAGUUUUGGUGGGCGGUCCUCUCUUGGCAGGUUUGUUGUGGUGCAAUUUCAGAUAUUUUUUUAUAACCCAACCCUGAUCUGUACUUCGCCACAACUUUGUCCCUGACCUGUUUGGAGAGCUCCUUGGUCUUCAUGGUGCCGCUUGCUUGGUGGUGCCCCUUGCUUAGUGGUGUUGCAGACUCUGGGGCCUUUCAGAACAGGUGUAUAUAUACUGAGAUCAUGUGAAAGAUCAUGUGACACUUAGAUUGCACACAGGUGGACUUUAUUUAACUAAUUAUGUGACUUCUGAAGGUAAUUGGUUGCACCAGAUCUUAUUUAGGGGCUUCAUAGCAAAGGGGGUGAAUACAUAUGCACGUACCACUUUUCCGUUAUGAAUUUUUUUGAAUUUUUUUAAACAAGUUAUUUUUUCAUUUCACUUCACCAAUUUGGACUAUUUUGUGUACAUCCAUUACAUGAAAUCCAAAUAAAAAUAAAUGUAAAUCACGGGCCUCAGAUUUUCACUUUAUCACAUAUAGUCGGGCGGUUAUGGAUGGGUUAUUUGCAAUUGCAGGUGGGUGUGGGUGAACAAACAACUGGUGUGUGUGUGUGUGCGUGUGCGUGUGCGUGUGUGACAGUGGGUCAGCAGGGUCGGUGAUUUUCCAUGGUCAGCUCAGGACCAUAAAGAUUAGCUAAUGGUAUAGUGCACACAGAUGGUAUAGUGUGUGUGUGUGCGUGUGUUUGUGAGACAGGGACAAGAGCAGGACCUGACUAUAACCAGCCUCCUGGGUACUGACACACAGACAGCUAGACAGGCCCUGGGAGUAAACCUGCUGAUGGGAAAGGAAUAGAAAACCCUUUAAAUCCCUUUAGCGUCAUUAAAUGUAUUACAGGAAAAACAAGGAGAAGAGUGACAUUAAAAUGUUGAAUAUUAUUUGACAUUGAAUGUAUUUGCGUUUAAACAUUUUUGGGGGACAUUUCUCUUUUGCUUUCUUUCGAACCUAUACGGUCUGUUUUUUUUACACACACGCAUACACACACACACACACACACACACACACACACACACACACACACACACACACACACACACACACUAUCUCUCUGCAGGUAACCCUGUUUCAGCAGAUAUGAGUGAGCGAACAACAGCUCCUCUCCCUCUCCUCUUAUGUCCUCUCCCGCUCCACCUCUCCCUCUCCUCCUCUCCCUCUCCUCUCCUCACCUCUCCCUCUCCUCUUAUCUCCUCUCCCUCUCCUCUUAUCUCCUCACCCUCUCCUCCUCUCCCUCUCCUCCUCUCCCUCUCCUCUUAUCUCCUCACCCUCUCCUCCUCUCCCUCUCCUCUUAUCUCCUCUCCCUCUCCUCUUCCUUUCAUCUCCUCUCCCUUGUUCUCUCUCCCUCUCAUCUCCUCUCCUUCUCUCUCUCCUCUCCCUCUCCUAUCCUCUUCUCUCCCUCUCUCUCUCUCCUCUCCCUCUCAUCUAUCUUCCUCUCUCUCCCCUCUAUCUCUUCUCCCUUUCCCUCUCCAUCACAUAUAUGUUCCCCUUCCCCCACUCCCCCACUCCCCCUCCACACAUCUCUCUGCUUCUCCCCCUUUUAAUAAUAGGUCAGCCCCACUCCUCCCCUCUCAUCUCUUCAUCUCUCUCUCCAUCUCCCCCUCUGACAAUAUGUCAUCCCCCUCCUCCUCUCCCUUUCUGUUAAGCAACCCCAGGGUUUUUUUGUUCAGUACAGUGUGUGUAACAGCUGCCAACAGUGUGUGUGCGUGUGUGUGCUCGCCCAGCAUCCCUCCGCUCAUCUCUAGGCACCCACUCUCCCUGUGUGCUCAGCGUUCACCUCCCCAACCCCCCUCUCACAUCUUCCUCUAUCUCUCGCUAUCUCUCUCUCUCUCUCUCUCUCUCUCUCUCUCUCUCUCUCUCUCUCUCUCUCUCUCUCUCUCUCUCUCUCUCUCUCUCUCUCUCUCUCUCUCUCUCUCUCUCUCUCCCUUUCUCUUGCUUUCCCUGCUCCCUUCAAUGCGCUCCUCUGUGUUUGUGUGUGUGUGUGUGUGGGUGUUGCGCACGGGUUUGUGUGUGCAGCUGAAGUGAAAUGCGCUUGCUUACACAGAGCUGUGUUGAACAGGUGCUCAGUGCUAUCAGCAUAACUAGCCAGAGAGGAAUACAGAGACAAGCUCCAGAGUAGGAUCCAGACAGGGGCUACGCUGCUCUGAAACUGACCCAGGAUAGGGCAUCUCUCUCCGGAUACACUUGUCAGAGAGAGCCCCUUGGAGAAUAAAGCUCUUGAACUGGGUUUACUUGCUUGACAGAACGUGGAGAUCCAGAGAGGGACUACACUGGCCAGGGAGCUACCCAUGAUUGAAGCUUCCGAGGUGUGAUAAUCUGCCCUGCUUGGCAGAGUUUCCUGGCGGUUUCAGAACGGGAUGGACUAAGAUUUAUUUAGAACUCUGGAUGUGCUCCAGAGAGGGACUCAGUGUGACUGAUCCAGCCAGGAGAGAGCUUCAGAUCUGGGCGACACUUACCUUAUUGACACCCGGCAUUCCUUAGAGCUCAGAGAGAGAGAGAAAGACCUACUGUACUCUCCUCUCUUUCUCUGUGAGAUAGAGAGACAGUGAGAGAUUUACCUUGAUGUGACUUUUGCUUCUCAUCUGGAUUUAACCUCUCCCUCAAGGUUCCCAUUCAGGACUGACCUCCAUCUCCCUCCUCUCCUACUCUCGUCUCCCCCCUCUCCCCCUCUCCUCUGCAGCUCAGAGAGUAAGUUAUCUCGCCUGGCUCAGAGGUUGAACCAGAGACCGGGGGAUGCUCUGAUAAAGGACUUCAGACAGUUGCUCUACACGGGCUCACCAAGCACCUCUCACAGCCUGGACAGGUACGACUGCUAAGCCCACCACACACACACACAUACAUGCAGGUGAACACACACAUACACAAAGCACAGAUGUAAGUACACACACACGUGCAGAAUACCACACACGCGAAGAUGCAUAGGCGCAUGCACCGACACAUAUGCAAAUGUAGGCGCACACACACACACACACACACACAGAUUAUACACUACAUCAGUAUGUGUGGGGUCAGUAUACGUCUGCUGUGCUGCCUGCUGAUAAUUGAUCUGUUGAACUUGGUGGGUGAGAGAUGUAGGCUAGAUAGAGGGGUGGGUCAUUAAUGUACACUGUAUGACUGCUGCUUCAGCAUUCCUGGCUGUUAGAAGGAAUAUACUGUUGUACUGUAUAGUUACUUUUUUGGUUUCGCACAUACAGUAUCGAUUGAAGCUGAAGAUGUCCUCAUAUUCCCCCCUCCCCCCUUCUCUCUCUCUCUUGUUCUCUCUCCUUCCAUCUUCUGUGUGCAGAAACAGAUUACACUGACUUGACUCCUGUUGCUGUGACUGUAAUUUCUCUCCAUCUUUAUGUUCCUGUCUUUCUCAAUCUGUUAUCACUCUCUUUUUCCCCCAAUCUUUCUCUCUCCCUCUCUCUCUGUCUCGCUCUAUCUCUCUACUCUCUCUCAUUCUCUCUCCUUCUGUCUUCUGUGCGCAGAAACAGAUUAGACUGACUUGACUCCUGUUGCUGGUACUGUAAUUUCUCUCUCCAUCUUGUUGUUCAUGUCUUUCUCAAAAUUCCCCCAUUCUUUCUCUCUCUCUCUCUCUCGUUCUCUCUCUUUCUCUUCAUCUCUCUCUCCCUUAUUCCUCUGUGUGUAAUGUAUGUGUUUCAGUAGACUGUUCUUGACACUGCACUUGUACGUGUCUGUGGGUUGCUACCUGAUCAAGUCCUGUAGGCUCUUUAGUUAGCAAUGUUCUGUUUAGUUGUUCCAUUUGAGGCAGAAUCAGCAUGUUUUUCUUUGUGGGAGUGAUUGAAUAAUGAUGUCGGAGCACAGCUGAAUAGACUACUCUUACUUGCGUUCUAAAUAGUAGGCUGAUUGGGUAUGCGAAAAAAGAAAGUUUUAUAGUAUGUGAAAUUUCCAAAAUUGAGUAUACUUUAAAUGCCAGGAUGUCAUACUAAUUUCUGCUUUUCAUCUAGUAGAAUUUGCUGCACACUGUUGAGGUUAAAUAAGGAUUGGAGGGUGAAUGGGCAAGACAAAAUAUUUAAGUGCCUUUGAACAGGGUAUGGUAGUAGGUGCCAGGCGCACUGGUUUGAGUGUGUCAAGAACUUUGUAGCUCAGUUGGCGCUUGCAAUGCCAGGGUUGUGGGUUCGUUUCCCACGAGGGGCCAGUAUGAAAAAUGUAUGCACUCACUAACUCUAAGUCGCUCUGGAUAAGAGCGUCUGCUAAAUUACUAAAAUGUAAAUGUAAAAACUGCAACGAUGCUGGGUUUUUCACGCUCAAUAGUUUCCUGUGUGUAUCAAGAAUGGUCCACCACCCAAAGGAUAUCCAGCCAACUUGACACAACUGUGGGAAGCAUUGGAGUCAACAUGGGCCAGUAGAGUCCACUCCCCAAGGCUGUUCUGCGGGCAAAAGGGGGUGUUUUGUAAAUGUUUUGUAAACUCAGUGUAUACACUACAUAGCCAAAAGUGUGUGGACACCCCUUCAAAUUAGUGGAUUCUGCUAUUUCAGCCACACCUGUUGCUGACAGGUGUAUAAAAUCGAGCACACCGCCAUGCAAUCUCCAUAGAGAAACAUUGGCAGUAAAAUGGCCCGUACUGAAGAGCUCAGUGACUUUUAACGUGGCACCAUCAUAGGAUGCCACCUUUCCAACAGGUCAGUCACAUUUCUGCCCUGCUAGAGCUGCCCCGGUCAACUGUAAGUGCUGUUAUUGUGAAGUAGAAAUGUCUAGGCUCAGCCACGAAGUGGUAGGCCACACAAGCUCACAGAAUGGGACUGCUGAGUGCUGAAGCGUGUAGCGCGUAAAAAUCAUCUGUCCUCGGUUGCAACACUCACUACCGAGUUCCAAACUGCCUCUGGAAGCAACGUCAGCACUGUUCAUCGGGAGCUUCAUGAAAUAGGUUUCCAUGGCAGAGCAGCUGCACACAAGCCUAAGAUCACCAUGCGCAAUGCCAUGAAUCGGCUGGAGUGGUGUAAAGUUCGCCGCCAUUGGACUCUGGAGCAGUGGAAACGUGUUCUCUGGAGUGAUGAAUCUCGCUUCACCAUCUGGCAGUCUGACGGACGGAUCUGGAUUUGGCGGAUGCCAGGAAAACACUACCUGCCCCAAUGCAUGGUGCCAACCGUAAAGUUUGAUGGGGGAGGAAUAAUGGUCUGGGGCUGUUUUUCAUGGUUCGGACUAGGCCCCUUAGUUCCAGUGAAGGGAAAUCUUAACGCUACAUCAUACAAUGACAUUCUAGAUGAUGCUUUGCUUCCAACUUUGUGGCAACAGUUUGGGGAAGGCCCUUUCCUGUUUCAGCAUGACAGUGCCCCCGUGCACAAAGCGAGGUCCAUACAGAAAUGGUUUGUCAAGAUCGGUGCAGAAGAACUUGACUGGCCUGCACAGAGCCCUGACCUCAACCCCAUCGAACACAUUUGAGAUGAAUUGGAACCCCGACUGUAAGCCAGGCCUAAUCACCCAACCUCAGUGCCCAAUCUCACUAAUGUUCUUGUUACUGAAUGGAAGCAAGUCCUUCGCAGCAAUGUUCUAACAUCUAGUGGAAAGCCUUCCCAGAAGAGUGGAGGCUGUUAUAGCAGCAAAGGGGGGACCAACUCCAUAUUAAUGCCCAUGAAUUUGGAAUGAGAUGUUAGACGAGCAGCUGUCCACAUACCUUUGGCCAUGUAGUGUAUAUACAGCUCUGGAAAAAAUUAAGAGACCACUGCAAAAUUAUCAGUUUCUCUGGUUUUACUAUUUAUAGGUAUGUGUUUGGGUAAAAAUAACAUUUUUGUUUUAUUCUAUAAACUACUGACAACAUUUCUCCCAAAUUCCAAAUAAAAAGAUUGUUAUUUAGAGCAUUUAUUUGCAGAAAAUGACAACUGGUCAAAAUAACAAAAAAGAUGCAGUGUUGUCAGACCUCGAAUAAUGCAAAGAAAAUAAGUUCAUGUUCAUUUUUAAACAACACAAUACUAAUGUUUUAACUUAGGAAGAGUUCAGAAAUCAAUAUUUGGUAGAAUAACCCUGAUUUUCAAUCACAGCUUUCAUGCGUCUUGGCAUGCUCUCCACCAGUCUUUCACAUUGAUGUUGGGUGACUUUAUGCCACUCCUGGCGCAAACAGUCAAGCAGCUCGGCUUUGUUUGAAGGCUUGUGACCAUCCAUCUUCCUCUUGAUCACAUUCCAGAAGUUUUCAAUGGGGUUCAGGUCUGGAGAUUGGGCUGGCCAUGACAGGGUCUUGAUCUUGUGGUCCUCCAUCCACACCUUGAUUGACCUGGCUGUGUGGCAUGUCCUGCUGGAAAAACCAAUCCUCAGAGUUGGGGAACAAUGUCAGAGCAAAAGGAAGCUAGUUUUCUUCCAGGACAACCUUGUAUGUUGCUUGAUUCAUGCGUCCUUCACAAAGACAAAUCUGCCUGAUUCCAGCCUUGCUGAAGCACCCCCAGAUCAUCACCGAUCCUCCACCAAAUUUCACAGUGGGUGUGAGACAAUGUUGCUUGUAGUCCUCUCCAGGUCUCCGUCUAACCAUUAGACGACCAGGCAUUGGGCAAAGCUGAAAAUUGGACUCAUCAGAGAAGAUGACCUUACUCCAGUCCUCUACGGUCUAAUCCUUAAGGUAUUUUGGAAACCUCAGCCUGGCUCUUCUUUGCUUCUCAUUGAUGAAGGGCUUUUUUCUAGCUUUGCACGACUUCAGCCCUGCCCCUAGGAGCCUGUUUCGAACAGUCCUCGCUGUACACUUCACCCCAGCUGCCGUUUGCCAUUCUUUUUGUAGGUCACUUGAUGUCAUCCUACGGUUGUUGAGUGACAUUCAAAUGAGUUGGCGGUCAUCCCGGUCAGUAGAGAGUCGUUUUCGCCCUCUGCCAGUCUGUAGCUUUGUUGUCCCCAAUGUCUGCUGCUUGACCAUGUUCUUAUGAACCGCCGUCUUUUAAAUGUUAAGGAUGGAAGCAACCUGACGCUCACUGUAUCCCUCUGCCAGUAAAGCCAGAAUUGAACCCUUCUUUUCCUCACUCAAAACUUUCCUUUUCAACUCUUUUGGCAUGGUCAAUAGUUUUUUUUAAUUAAUAUUACUUUUGAGGUACUAUUAGCACUGGUUUUGCCAUCCAGCUGGUCCUAUUGCAAGAGGAUAGUGAUGACCACAGCAGUGGUUUUUAUACUUUUCCUUGUUAAAUAAGAUUUGGUUCAUGUGAUCACCUAAUCAGUACCGAAUUCAGUAGAAUGAGGUGUGCCUGUGUUGGAAUUCAACAGACACUGGAAUGGAAUGGCUGUCAUACAUGUAGAGAUGCUGAUUUAAGAAAAAUUUGCAGUGGUCUCUUAAUUUUUUCCACAGCUGUAUAUAGUAUAUACAGUGCAUUCAGACCCCUUCCCCUUUUCCACAUUUCGUUACGUUAGUCUUAUUCUAAAAUUGAUGAAAUUAUUAUUUUUUCUCAUCAAUCUACACACAAUACCCUUUAAUGACAGUGAAAACAGGUUUUUAGACAUUUUUGCAACUUACAGAAAUAUCUUAUUUGCAUAAGUAUUUUGACCCUUUGCUAUGAGACAGGAUUGUGUCGAGGCACAGAUCUGGGGAAGGGUACCAAUUUUAUUUUUUUCAGCAUUGAAGGUCCCCAAGAACACAGUGGCCUCCAUCAUUCUUAAAUGGAAGAAGUUUGGAACCACCAAGACUCUUCCUAGAGCUGGCUGCCCGGCCAAACUGAGCAAUCGGAGGAGAAGGGCCUUGGUCAGCUAGGUGACCAAGAACCCGAUGGUCACUCUGACAGAGCUCCAGAGUUCCUCAGUGGAGAUGGGAGAACCUUCCAGAAGGACAACCAUCACUGCAGCACUCCACCAAUCAGGCCUUUAUGGUAGAGUGGCCAGACAGAAGCCACUCCUCAAUAAAAGGCCGUGACAGCCCACUUGGAGUUUGCCAAAAGGCACCUAAAGGACUCUCAGACCAUGAGAAACAAGAUUCUCUGGUCUGAUGAAACCAAUAUUGAACUCUUUGGCCUUAAUGCCAAGCGUCACGUCUGGAAGAAACCUGGCACCAUCCCUACGGUGAAGCAUAGUAGAGGCAUCACCAUGCUGUGGGGAUGUGUUUCAGUGGCAGGGACUGGGAGACUAGUCAGGAUCGAGGGAAAGAUGAAUGGAGCAAAGUACAGAGAGGUCCUUGAUGAAAACCUGCUCCAGAGCGCUCAGGACCUCAGACUGGGGCGAAGGUUCACCUUCCGACAGGACAACAACCCUAAGCACACAGCCAAGACAACGUAGGAGUGGCUUCGGGACAGGUCUCUGAAUGUCCUUGAGUGGCCCAUCCAGAGCCCGUACUUGAACCCGAUCGAACAUCUCUGGAGAGACCUGAAAAUAGCUGUGCAGCGACGCUCCCCAUCCAACCUGACAGCUUGAGAGGAUCUGCAGAGAAGACUGGGUGAAGCUCCCCAAACACAGGUGUGCCAACUUGUAGCGUCAUACCCAAGAAGAGUCGAGGCUGUAAUCGCUGCCAAAGGUGCUUCAACAUUGUACAUAAUAAAGGGUCUGAAUACUUAUGUAAAUGUUAUAUUUCCGUUUUUUUUUAAUACAUUUGCAAACAUUUCAAAAAUCCUGUUUUUGCUUUGUCAUUAUGUGGUAUUGUGUGUAGAUUGAUGAGGGGGGGACAAUUUAAUCAAUUUUAGAAUAAUGCUGUAACGUAACAAAAUGUGUAAAAAGUCAAGGGGACUGAAUAUUUUCAGAAUGCACUGAACAAAAAUAUAAACGCAACAUGCAACAAUUUCAACGAUUUUACUGAGUUACAGUUCAUGUAAGGAAAUCAGGCAAUUGAAAUAAAUUCAUUAGGCCCACCCACUUGGGAGACUGGCCCAUCCACUGGGGAGCAAGGCCCAGCCAAUCAGAAUGAGUUUUUUCCCCACAAAAAGGUUUUAUUACAGACAUAAAUACUCCUCAGUUUCAUCAGCUGUCCACGUUGCUGGUGUCAGAUGAUCCCGCAGGUGAAAAAGCCGGAUGUGCUGGGCUGGAGUGGUUACACAGACGUACUCCAAAAUUCUCUAAAACGACGUUGGAGGCAGCAUAUGGUAGAGAAAUUAACAUUCAAUUAUCUGGCAACAGCUCUGGUGGACAUUGCUGCAGUCAGCAUGUAAAUUGCACGGUCCCUCAAAACUUGAGACAUCUGUGGCAUUGUGUGACAGAACUGCACAUAUUAGAUUGGCCUUUUAUUGUCCGCAGCACAAGGUGCACCUGUGUAAUGAUCAUGCUGUUUAAUCAGCUUCUUGAUAUGCCACACCUGUCAGCUGGAUGGAUUAUCUUGGCAAAUGAGAAAUGCUCACUAACAGGGAUGUAAACAAAUUUGUGCUGAAGAUUUGAGAGAAAUAAGCUUUAUGUGCGUAUGGAACAUUUCUGGGAUCUUUUAUUUCAGCUCAUGAAAUCUCUCUCUCUCUGUUUAUCUCUCUGUUUUGUCUCUCUCUCUCUCUCUCUCUCUCCAUUUGUCUUUAUUUCUCUCUUUCUCUCUUCUUAUCCACUCUUUCUUUCUCUCCAUCCCUAUUUACCUCACUACUUCUCCCUUCCUCUUCCUCCCUCACUCCCAGCCUAUGAUUCGUCCCUUCAACCAAUUUUAUCAGCUCAUAUCCAUAGUUAUUAUGGUGAAGAGGGAGAGGCCAUUGUACCAGCCUGCUGCUAUUUGAGACCCAGUAGAUAGAGCUAGAGGUAGAUGUGAAGGACUACUCAUUGUGUUGGACAUCACUGUUCCAGCGACCUUUCAAUAGAUAAAUGGAGAGAUGACGCAACCGUUAAAUUCACACACCCCUGAAAGGACAGACGUGACGGUUCUGUGGUCGGUCGUGAGUGUGCGGCAGUGUAUGUGUGUGAGCAUGAAAGAGUGCUAAUUGUGGAUAUUUUAGUUCACUCGCCUCAAUUAGUGGGGACACACACAUAGGCACACACAUGCUCAGACACGCAAGCACAUGCACACGCACGCACGCACACACACACAAACACACACACACACUUACACACUUUCCCCUGCAGUGCCACUAAUUGGUCAUGUGAUAGGUUCCAUAUCUGUGCCCACAGUCCCUGGUGUAAUAUUUGAUGAUAUUUGAUGAUAUUUUAAUGACAUUCAGGCUCGGCAUGACAUUUGGUUAUUUCUUCAACAUGUUCAAUAUGGACCCUCACUUGCACACUUAAACUAAUUGUCAGCCAAUUAAUCAAUCACUCUGUCAAUUAAUCAAUCUCGCUUUAUUCAAGAAAUGUAUUUAUAAGAUAAACUAAUUGGUCCUGGAAAUUAUAGUGAGCAUUCAUCUUUACUUAACAUAUACUCUCGAGAAUCAUAAAGGACAAAAAAUAAACCAUCUUUAGAAGCAUUUGUUUUUUAUUAUUUCUAUUCUGUGCCCAAUUAGUGGCAGAAUAUCAGAAUUGGGCUGCCUGUGUAAACGCAGCCAUUCUAUCGGAAAACUUAAGUAUGUUUUUAUUCAAGCAUCACAUCCCUCUGUAGCUAUGUGAAUGAUAAUUAUGUUUUGGCAGAGGAAAAAUUAUGAUGGUUGUCGUCUCGCUAGCCUGUCUUCUGUGACAGUGAAUAGAUAAUGAAUAGAGGAACACUAGAAUGUUUCUUUUUCAUGUAUGGUUUCUGAAGAGCGCUCCACUUAACUGAGCCCUCUCACGGCUGAAUGUCGAGGUUUGAAAGUCAGUUUCUUAUUGGUCUAUUAACUAAUUUAUCGUAUGGUGAUGACACCAUGGGAGGCCAAAAGUCCAUCCUACCAAAACACGCUGAAAUUUCAGGCGGUCUUUUCAAACAGCUCUUACACUAAAAGGGCAUUAUAAUAGUAUUCACAAUUUCACGGUAUAAUUCCAACCUCAUAGUGUGAUUGCAGUGGUCCUUUAAUAGUCAUUUUAACUCACACCAGAUAUGAAGAGUGCCUUGGUAUUUUUUCUAAUAUAUUUUCCUCCCAUCCUUUUGGAACUUCUAUUCUGUCAGAAUGAUUCAACAAGUCCAGAACCUGAAACUCAUCCAUUUUCAAACUCAUCCAUUUGUACUGUCUUCAUUGUUGGCCAAUGUAUAAUUGGGUAGAAAUGUAGACGAUUACUGUCCUCAACAGAAAUUGGUCUUGCACAUUCAAAUGACUUUUCUCUUCCUUAGGAACUUCUAUUCUGUCAGCAUGACUCAACAGAUGCAGAACCUGCAGCUGUCCCAAACCAGGAAGUGCUCGGGAGGCCCCGCCUCUCCCAGCGCCGCUAAGCGCCUGUACAGGAACCUAUCAGAGAAGCUCAAAGGAGGCCACUCCUCCUUCGAGGAUGCCUACUUCUUCGGCCGUGGAGACCGCCACGGUCAUCGCAAGGGCUCGGUGAGUUGGGGAUUGUGUGUGUGUGUGUGUGCGUGCCAUAUUUGUGUGCGUGUGUUUGCGUGGGAUUUUGUGUGAAUGGGUGAGCAUCUGUCUGGGACUGUUAUGUGUCAUCAUCUUACAUCAGAUCAAAUGAUACCAGCCAGCCCAGGUCAAAGUGUCCAGGAGGACUAUACUGUGACCUACUACACUCUUAGAUGUAAAGGAACCUGGAAGAACCUUUAUGGAGUUCUAAAAAUUGCCCAUAGGGGGAACCUUUCCAGUUCAAAAAUAUUUAUGCAUAUUGCAUAUUGUAAUACAAUAUUAAUAAUAUUAACAUUGCUGAUUACAUAUAGUAAUAAAGUGCUAACUAUUCCAACUUUGGGAUUUGCAUAGGCUUUUGAUUAACUCAUACAUCUCUGUCAGCCUCAUUGAUGUUACAAAACUGUCCGUUUUCAACCUUAACAUGUGUUGACCAUACAACAGAAUAGAUUAACAGGAAUUACAUUUACUCCCACAGUUGGCCUAAAAAUAUAUAUCUGAAAGCCAGGCCCCUACUAAGCCACGCCUCCAGUCCAGGGUUCCUCCAGGAACCCUUUGCUACAUUGAAACAUUCUUCCAAGAUUCCUCCAAGAAUUGCUCAACUAAACAAAGGUGCAAAUAUGAACUAUUGACUAGCAAUGGUUCCUUGAGGAACUCCAGGGGUUCCUUGAGUGUAGAGUCACCCCAUCAGUCUUCAGACAGUGACUGGCUAGGCUUGAGGUCUCUCUGUGUAUCUGGGACACUGGACACUGGGUUUAGACAGUGACUGGCUAGGGUGGAGGUCUCUCUGUGUGUCUGGGACACUGGACACUGGGUUUAGACAGUGACUGGCUAGGCUGGAGGUCUCUCUGUGUAUCUGGGACACUGGACACUGGGUUUAGACAGUGACUGGCUAGGCUGGAGGUCUCUCUGUGUGUCUCGGACACUGGACACUGGGUUUAGACAGUGACUGGCUAGGGUGGAGGUCUCUCUGUGUGUCUGGGACACUGGGUUCAGACAGUGACUGGCUAGGCUGGAGGUCUCUCUGUGUAUCUGGGACACUGGACACUGGGUUUAGACAGUGACUGGCUAGGCUGGAGGUCUCUCUGUGUGUCUCGGACACUGGACACUGGGUUUAGACAGUGACUGGCUAGGGUGGAGGUCUCUCUGUGUGUCUGGGACACUGGGUUCAGACAGUGACUGGCUAGGCUGGAGGUCUCUCUGUGUGUCUCGGACACUGGACACUGGGUUUAGACAGUGACUGGCUAGGGUGGAGGUCUCUGUGUGUCUCGGACACUGGACACUGGGUUUAGACAGUGACUGGCUAGGCUGGAGGUCUCUCUGUGUGUCUCGGACACUGGACACUGGGUUUAGACAGUGACUGGCUAGGGUGGAGGUCUCUCUGUGUGUCUGGGACACUGGGUUCAGACAGUGACUGGCUAGGCUGGAGGUCUCUCUGUGUGUCUCGGACACUGGACUCUGGGUUCAGACAGUGACUGGCUAGGCUGGAGGUCUCUCUGUGUGUCUCUGGGACACUAGGAGCAAUACAGAUUGGGUUGGUGUGUAUUGUCCCAUUUCCUGAAAUUGGGUUAUAAUCUCUUUAGAACAGUGGGCAGCCCAUAGAAUUAGGAAUUAGAAUAUGAGUAAUUUAAUAGGAUCACUAUGGGGCAGCCCCUCUGAUUGUAAGCCCAAGAGUAGAGGAGACCGAGAGGCACAGAAUACAACAAGGCUGCUUCCAUAAUGGCCCCCGGAGAUGAUUUCCUUCAGUGUCCUUCAGAAUGUGCCAUUUAUCUCUCUUGUACCAUCAUUUCUCCCUAUUGACUCCUUUAUUUUUUCUCUUUCUCUUCUCUCUUUCUCUUUCUUUCCCUCUCUCUCUCUCUCUCUCUCUCUCUCUCUCUCUCUCUUUCUCUUUCUCUUUCUCUUUCUCUUUCUCUUUCUCUUUCUCUUUCUGUAUCUCUGUCUCUCUCUCUCUGUCAGGAUGUGUGUGUGUGUGUGUGUGUGUGUGUGUGUGUGUGUGUGUGUGUGUGUGUGUGUGUGUGAACAGAAGCCAAGCGUGAGUUGGCUUGGAGGUGUGGUUUUAUGUGUUUCUUGGGUGUGUCCUUGCCACCACUAAAACACACCCAUCUGUCAGAACAUUGCCCGUAGCUAUUUCCCCCCACUCUAUCACGACAAACAAACCUCCAGGCAGAUGUGUGGUGAGAUGCCGGAGGAAACUUUGAAUAGGUCAGUAGCCUUCAGAGUAAUAUGAGAAGAAGGCAAUUGCUGAAUUUAUAUAGAUAUUCUAAACUAAGUGUUUUGAUAACUUUCAAAUGUAGUAAAAGGCCCAUGUAGAAUAAACAACCCUUUACAUAAUACCAUAGAAGAUUUGCUCUGCUAAUAUAACAAUGUGCACCUUUCACCUUUCAUUGUUAUUCCCAGCCGAUACAGAUACUGUUCCUUUCAGCAUUUUUUCUGGUGGGAAUGGGGCUACUUUGGCAAACAUGUCAGAGUGGUCAUACGUUCCUGUGUGGUGUCCCAUAUACAACAGGAGAUCCCUGAUCUUGGUGCAGAAUACAUAGGGUUUCUCCCUCCCCAUAUUGACUGAUACCAUUCAAUUCAUGUGCUGACUCCAUACAUGUUUCGGUGAACACAUACACACAUACAGUGGGGGAAAAAAGUAUUUAGUCAGCCACCAAUUGUGCAAGUUCUCCCACUUAAAAAGAUGAGAGAGGCCUGUAAUUUUCAUCAUAGGUACACAUCAACUAUGACAGACAAAAUGAAAAUUAAGAAAAUCCAGAAAAUCACAUUGUAGGAUUUUCUAUGAAUUUAUUUGCAAAUUAUGGUGGAAAAUAAGUAUUUGGUCAAUAACAAAAGUUUCUCAAUACUUUGUUAUAUACCCUUUGUUGGCAAUGACACAGGUCAAACGUUUUCUGUAAGUCUUCACAAGGUUUUCACACACUGUUGCUGGUAUUUUGGCCCAUUCCUCCAUGCAGAUCUCCACUAGAGCAGUGAUGUUUUGGGGCUGUCGCUGGGCAACACAGACUUUCAACUCCCUCCAAAGAUUUUCUAUGGGGUUGAGAUCUGGAGACUGGCUAGGCCACCCCAGGACCUUGAAAUGCUUCUUACGAAGCCACUCCUUCGUUGCCCGGGCGGUGUGUUUGGGAUCAUUGUCAUGCUGAAAGACCCAGCCACGUUUCAUCUUCAAUGCCCUUGCUGAUGGAAGGAGGUUUUCACUCAAAAUCUCACGAUACAUGGCCCCAUUCAUUCUUUCCUUUACACGGAUCAGUCGUCCUGGUCCCUUUGCAGAAAAACAGCCCCAAAGCAUGAUGUUUCCACCCCCAUGCUUCACAGUAGGUAUGGUGUUCUUUGGAUGCAACUCAGCAUUCUUUGUCCUCCAAACACGACGAGUUGAGUUUUUACCAAAAAAUUCUAUUUUGGUUUCAUCUGACCAUAUGACAUUCUCCCAAUCCUCUUCUGGAUCAUCCAAAUGCACUCUAGCAAACUUCAGACGGGCCUGGACAUGUACUGGCUUAAGCAGGGGGACACGUCUGGCACUGCAGGAUUUGAGUCCCUGGCGGCGUAGUGUGUUACUGAUGGUAGGCUUUGUUACUUUGGUCCCAGCUCUCUGCAGGUCAUUCACUAGGUCCCCCCGUGUGGUUCUGGGAUUCUUGCUCACCGUUCUUGUGAUCAUUUUGACCCCACGGGGUGAGAUCUUGCGUGGAGCCCCAGAUCGAGGGAGAUUAUCAGUGGUCUUGUAUGUCUUCCAUUUCCUAAUAAUUGCUCCCACAGUUGAUUUCUUCAAACCAAGCUGCUUACCUAUUGCAGAUUCAGUCUUCCCAGCCUGGUGCAGGUCUACAAUUUUGUUUCUGGUGUCCUUUGACAGCUCUUUGGUCUUGGCCAUAGUGGAGUUUGGAGUGUGACUGUUUGAGGUUGUGGACAGGUGUCUUUUAUACUGAUAACAAGUUCAACCAGGUGCCAUUAAUACAGGUAACGAGUGGAGGACAGAGGAGCCUCUUAAAGAAGAAGUUACAGGUCUGUGAGAGCCAGAAAUCUUGCUUGUUUGUAGGUGACCAAAUACUUAUUUUCUACCAUAAUUUGCAAAUAAAUUCAUUAAAGAUCCUACAAUGUGAUUUUCUGGAUUUUUUUUGCUCAAUUUGUCUGUCAUAGUUGACGUGUACCUAUGAUGAAAAUUACAGGCCUCUCUCAUCUUUUUCAGUGGGAGAACUUGCACAAUUGGUGGCUGACUAAAUACUUUUUUCCCCCCACUGUAGUCACUGUUCUAUUACCAAUGGAAGUUAGUUAGAAUAGUUCAUAUCUGACACACAAACAGUACUAUGUUGAAGUUUGAAGAGGUCAGAUAAAACCUACCCAAUUAUGGUCUCCCCGUCAAAUGUCAGAGGCUGGCGUCUGCCAAAAGCAUCUACAGUCCUGUCCAUCUGUAGAAAUAGGCAGAGUUGAGGCAGAGUUCAUCAGUGACGCAUGUAAUGAAAAGGGUGUUGCAAAUACUGGACAUUUCUGCUGUACUAUAUUAUAGGUAAAUACCUUCAGUCCCACAUUGUGGAUGUGUUGAGUGCCAGGUCUCUCUCCAUUCAGAGACGUCAGUAUCAAGCCUGUCUGUCGGUCAGGACUCCAUCACAUCACCUUGCAAGUCUCCCAGUGCUGACUCCAUAGAUGCAUCUGUGAACACAGUCACUGUUCUAUUACAAAUGGCAGUUAGGAUAGGUGAUAUCUGACAAACAAACAUAAUGUAUACUAUGUUGAAGUUUGAACAGGUCAGACUAAACCUACCUAAUUCUGGUCUCCCCAUCAACGGAGACAGGCAAGAGGUGAGGCUGGAGGUAAAUUCUUUGCCAGCCCCCCGUUGAUGGACAUGGCAGCGUAGAUCAGCUCCUGGCCCCUCAUCAAAGAUACUUGUCGGUCACACACAGAGCACUGAUUACGUUAUCAAUUUUGGUUAUGAUUAGCAUGGUGGAACCAACUUGAUCGCCGCAUUCACCUUUCUAUUUCCCUUCAGAUAUCAUGAUGCUGAGGGUCCCCUUGCUGGUGUUCUCUAUGUUGCAUGUUCAGCUGCAAACUGGACAUCUCUCCAACAACAGUGCCGCUGUUUCCCCACCUGUUAAAUGUAGAUUUGCGCCUAAAUAGUAAUCCAAGCCAUUUGGAUCUACAGUGUCCACAGAUCAAUUUAUAAGCCAAAAUGUCAGUCGGAAUCGGUACCAGAACUACAGAAGUCCCCUAUUACUGCUUCAGCACUUUCACUGCAAUGCUACCUCCUUCUCUUCAUCCCUUUUCUCUCACUUUCCUUCACCUUUCCUCUCUCUCUCUCUCUCUCUCUCUCUCUCUCUCUCUCUCUCUCUCCUCUCUCUCUCUCUCUCUCUCUCUCUGUGUCUCUCUAUCUCUCUCUCUCUCUCUCUCUCUCUCUCUCUCUCUCUCUGUGUCUCUCUCUCUCUGUGUGUCUCUAUCUCUCUCUCUCUGUCUCUCUCUCUCUCUGUCUCUCUCUCUUUCUGUCUCUCUCUCUGUCUCUCUCUCUCUCUCUCUCUCUAUGUGUCUCUCUCUCUAUGUGUGUCUCUCUCUCUCCAAUCAAAUGAUAGCAACAAAAACACGUCUGGUCUGGUGAAUGAUCAUGGUAGGAAGAAGUAAUCAACAGUUUUUCAUUAUUUUGACCUCCCCACAUUAUAAUUGGAAGAUGAAGUGUAAACUCCAACAUAGCCUAUUAUCUAUAAAAGGUAUGGUAUCUCCAAACACAUUUUCGCUAAGAGCAGCUGUUUAGCUGGAUAGAGGUUAGCGAUGUGUUGUCACGAAAGCUUACCAGCAUGAUAUCCAAUUCGCGGGUGCUUUUUCAAAGCCUAUGUCAGAUACUCCAGUGAGUGUAAUUGGCUCCAAUUAGUGUAAUUUGUUCAAAAAUAGGAGUUCAGAAAUAGUUGAGAUAAUUAGAAAUAAGAUAUUCUCAUUUUUUCUACUGUAGGUAUGUAAUUAAAAAUUCGUUUAUUCUGUUAGUGAUAUUGAUUUUAAAAAUCUCCGCGGACCCCGGUUGAAUACUCCUUAAUGUUACAGCUUCAGCACUUUCACUGCAGUUUUACCUCCUUCUCUCACUUUCUCACUCUCCUUUGCCUCUCUCUCAUGUACCGUCGCCAUGUCACCUCUCCUCUCUAUGGUCCAAUUAUCACACGUCAAUUAUCAUACAGAAACUCCACUUAAUGUUGUUGAUUUGUCUGCCUUGGUUUCAGCAGUUCUUGAAAGUGUGUUUUUUUAAUUUUUUUUAAUUUAUUUUUUUUACCUUUAUUUAACCAGGUAAGCCAGUUGAGAACAGGUUCUCAUUUACAACUGCGACCUGGCCAAGAUAAAGCAAAGUAGUGCAAUAAAAAACAACACAGAGUUACAUAUGGGGUAAAAAACAUAAAGUCAGAAAUACAACAGAAAAUAUAUAUACAGUGUGUGCAAAUGUAGCAAGUUAUGGAGGUAAGGCAAUAAAUAGGCUAUAGUGCAGAAUAAUUACAAUAGUAUUAACACUGGAAUGCUAGAUGUGCAAGAGAUUAUGUGCAAAUAGAGAUACUGGGGUGCAAAAGAGCAAAAUAAAUAACAAUAUAGGGAUGAGGUAGUUGGGUGGGCUAAUUUCAGUUGGGCUGUGUACAGGUGCAGUGAUCGGUAAGGUGCUCUGACAACUGAUGCUUAAAGUUAUUGAGGGAGAUAAGAGUCUCCAGCUUCAGAGAUUUUUGCAAUUCGUUCCAGUCAUUGGCAGCAGAGAACUGGAAGGAAUGGCGGCCAAAGGAGGUGUUGGCUUUGGGAAUGACCAGUGAGAUAUACCUGCUGGAGCGCAGACUACGGGUGGGUGCUGCUAUGGUGACCAAUGAGCUAAGAUAAGGCGGGGAUUUGCCUAGCAGUGAUUUAUAGAUGGCCUGGAGCCAGUGGGUUUGACGACGAACAUGUAGUGAGGACCAGCCAACAAGAGCUUACAGGUCACAGUGGUGGGUAGUGUAUGGGGCUUUGGAGACAAAACGGAUGGCACUGUGAUAGACUACAUCCAAUUUGCUGAGUAGAGUGUUGGAGGCUAUUUUGUAAAUGACAUCGCCGAAGUCAAGGAUCGGUAGGAUAGUCAGUUUUACGAGGGCAUGUUUGGCAGCAUGAGUGAAGGAGGCUUUGUUGCGAAAUAGGAAGCCGAUUCUAGAUUUAACUUUGGAUUGGAGAUUCUUUAUGUGAGUCUGGAAGUUGAGUUUACAGUCUAACCAGACACCUAGGUAUUUGUAGUUGUCCACAUACUCUAGGUCAGACCCGUCGAGAGUGGUGAUUCUAGUCGGGUGGGCGGGUGCCAGCAGCGUUCGAUUGAAAAGCAUGCAUUUAGUUUUACUAGUGUUUAAGAGCAGUUGGAGGCUACUGAAGGAUUGUUGUAUGGCAUUGAAGCUCGUUUGGAGGUUUGUUAACACAGUGUCCAAUGAAGGGCCAGAUGUAUACAAAAUGGUGUCGUCUGCGUAGAGGUGGAUCUGAGAGUCACCAGCAGCAAGAGCGACAUCAUUGAUAUACACGGAGAAAAGUGUCGGCCCAAGAAUUGAACCCUGUGGCACCCCCAUAGAGACUGCCAUAGGUCCAGACAACAGGCCCUCCGAUUUGACACACUGAACUCUAUCUGAGAAGUAGUUGGUGAACCAGGCGAGGCAGUCAUUUGAGAAACCAAGGCUAUUUAGUCUGCCAAUAAGAAUGCGGUGGUUGACAGAGUCGAAAGCCUUGGCCAGGUCGAUGAAGACCGGCUGCACAGUACUGUCUAUUAUCAAUCGCGGUUAUAAUAUCGUUUAGGACCUUGAGCGUGGCUGAAGUGCACCCGUGACCAGCUCGGAAACCGGAUUGCAUAGCGGAGAAGGUACGGUGGUAUUGGAAAUGGUCGAUGAUCUGUUUGUUAACUUGGCUUUCGAAUACUUUCGAAAGGCAGGGCAGGAUGGAUAUAGGUCUGUAGCAAUUUGGAUCUAGAGUGUCACCCCCUUUGAAGAGGGGGAUGACCGCGGCAGCUUUCCAAUCUCUGGGGAUCUCAGACGUUAUGAAAGAGAGGUUGAACAGACUAGUAAUAGGGGUAGCGACAAUUUCGGCGGCUAGUUUUAGAAAGAAAGGGUCCAGAUUGUCUAGCCCAGCUGAUUUGUAGGGGUCCAGAUUUUGCAGCGCUUUCAAAACAUCAGCUGUCUGAAUUUGUGUGAAGGAGAAGCGGGGGGGGCAUGGGCAAGUUGCAGCAGAGGGUGCAGAGUUGGUGGCCGGGUUAGUGGUAGCCAGAUGGAAAGCAUGGCCAGCUGUAGCAAAAUUCACUUGGUUUAGUGCUGUUGAUGAUUGAUGAUGGUGAUGAGGAUGACGACGACAAUGAUGAUGAUGAUGUUUGUAUUCUGACGUGUGUGUGUGUCACUCCUCUUCUCUCCUCCAGAGUAUGCAAGGUAGUGAGUGUCUGUUUGAGGCGGUGGAGCAGCAGGAUCUAGAUGCCGUCCAGAUCCUUCUCUACCAGUACACAGCUGAGGAGCUGGACCUCAGCACGCCCAACAGCCAAGGGUUAACUCCGCUAGACAUCGCCAUCAUGACCAACAACACCCCCAUAGCCAAACUACUGCUGAAGGCCGGCGCCAAGGAGAGCCCUCACUGUGAGUGUACACUACGUAGGGCGCACUGA